AUGAGUGGAACCAGUCACCCAGAUAGCACAGGUGACCCUAGUCCCAUGGCUGACAACGUGCCCACAGAUCGAGGGGCUGGAGGCCGGCGGGGCAGCAAGUUCCGUCGAUCUGGUAGUUCUGUCCAGGCUGUGCAGGAGACCAUGAAGGAGAAGCAGGUCUGUUGGAUGAAUAGUCAUGGGGGAAUUUGAGUUGAGAACAACAAGUGAUGAGAACUUGUUCAAUGAAGGUUCAGCUGCCCAGGCCAAUGUGCUCACAGAGUCACAAUUGUAGCUACUAUCACUUCAUAGGAUUAUACAUAUUUUUUACUGUGGGCUGCUACAGACCCACCUUACACUACCUCUGUUUGCCUGAUGUGCACAGUACACCACCACAGUAAGAGUAACGUUAACACUUUGCCCUUUCAGGCCAGGUACAAGGAAUCAAGAGAAGCUCGAAAGAAGCUACUUACCCCUGGGCACAAGUACAUCUUUGAGAUCUUGGCUGACAGGCUCUCCCUCGAACUACAAGCAGUAGAAGACUUUGUUUUAGAUGCUCCAUCUGUGAGUAGAACUGUCAUUAAUAUGAAUCCCAACAAGCUGUUGAGGUUCCCUAUGAAUUGUUGUUGUCUGGUCAAAUCCUUUAACCUUUUACCUGCUUGAAUAUCAACAAAGAUCUGAGAUAUCUUGUAGACACUGUUUUCCCCCCACAGUUGGCACCAUUUGAUGAUUUCUUUGCCAAAGGAGGAAGUAAAACCAUCGCAUUUGUCUACCAAGAGACAGAAGUCCCAGGAAUAGGUGAAUGAAGGAUCAUUACCUCUGUAUUUCUUCAUAUUACAUAAAAUGCGUACUGUAGCGCCACAGUGGCACCAAGACAUUAUUGUUUUGUUGUUUCUCAAUUCAUUGAUUUUUGUGAAAUAGAUAUGAAACAUUUUAUUGUCUGUUUAUGUCACCCUUCACUCUGACCCAGACCUUUUAAAUGGCGCAAGUUCAGUUCAAUUCAAUUGAAUUUUAUUUUCUUUCAGAGUGUGGACGCACCUUUCCUGGAACUGCAAAAGGAGCCAUAAUAAUGAGACUAUUUUUAGCCAAUUUGUCUGAGACAUGUCUGACUGGAUUGUGCCCAUUCUUUGUACGAACUAAAAUUGACGUUCCUGUCAAUAUAAAAAACAUACAUGAGGUGAGAUAUUCUAUGAAAUAUCUACGGAAGGUAGAGACUUCUGAACUGAAGGACUAAGAUUUUGUAGAUAAUAUAAUCUAUGAUACCCUCAUAAUAGGUUCAUAUUGAAUACAUAAGAAUGCUCUAAUCAUGAGUUUUCUAACUGUUAAUGCUUGGUCAAUUUCCAUUCCGUUUCUUUUUGUAGGAGAUUUAUUUUUCUAUGCUGGAUGCCACUGAGGGUCUAUUGAAAGGCACCAGGAAUCUGUUGUCAAAGAUUAUGAUGCCAGCUGUCUGUGCAACAGAAAACUGGGGUGCCUUGAAUCAGUCGAAACAUGGAGAGAAGGAUAAACAAAACUUUAAAGACACAAUCACCCGCUAUAUUCAUUUCCUAGAUGGUGAGAGAGUUACAAUAAAACAAACUCGUGCACCCACACAUACACACACAGUAGGCCUACAGCAUCAUUACGUUCUUGUGUUUCGUGUGAUUUUGAGCUGGCAACAAGUCUAGUCAGUUUGUAAAAAGGUAGGCUACAGUUUGAUUUUUGAUGAUGUACUGCAGGAAUGCAAGCAUGCAUUGAAGGCACUGUUCAGCUGAAGACGGCCUCAAACAUUGAUUUCUCCAGGCUGGUAUCCUUUGAAGACGUAAAGGCAGCAGCAGCAGAUGUUGACAUGGUGCAUCAACUCGAGGAAGCGUUGAUGAUGUGGUACAAACAGAUUGAGCAGGUACACCCCAGUAUGACUGUCUAUGCACUAUGAACCUACACAUACUGUAACACGGCACAACUGUGAUAGAUGUUCUCACCACUCCGUAGUACUUUAAGACUUCUGUUCUUCAACUCUAUUUCUAUGACCACCAGGUCCUUACAGAGAGUGAUCAAAUGAGGAAAGAAGCUGAUGCCUCAGGACCUUUGACUGAGUUAGAGCACUGGAAGAGAAUGUCGGCCAAGUUCAACUCCAUCAUUGAGCACGUCAAGGGCCCUGAGUGCAAGGCCGUGGUCAAUGUACUCAAUAUCAACCGCUCCAAGACUCUAAAGGUACUAUCAUCACUUGGCUGUCCUCCUGAAGUGGCAAUGAAAAUGAAAUAUUUACCAUUACAUGCUCCAACAAAAUCUUGACAUUUUCCUGUUGUUGGUACUUAUUAUUUACUUUAGUUGUGGAGAGAGCUGGAUGCCAGAAUAACCGACUGUGCCAACGAGGCAAAGGAUAAUGUGAAAUUCCUGUACACCCUCGAAAAAGUCUGCCAACCUCUCUACAACUGUGACCCGGUAAAUAAAAUGAUGAAUUAGUCUUCAUUAUUGUGGGUUGAAAGGUUUUAUUCUACUUGAUUUCACAAGUGAACAUGUUUGAUUUCAGGUCACCAUGGCCAAGAGCAUUCAGAACCUUAUCAAUGCCAUUCGAAUGAUCCACAGUGUCUCACAAUAUUACAAUACAUCUGAACGAAUGACUUCACUCUUCAUCAAAGUACGUUUUUUCUCUGUAUUCCAUCAGAGAUAAUAAAAUAGUUAAUUGAAUUAUUAAUUAUGAAACAAAUUACCCUCUUGGCUUUACCAGCUAUGGGAAUGGACAUGGAAUUGAACUGGAGCGUGUCAUACAUUUCUGGUGCCUCAAAAGACGAGUAAAACAUAACACAUAUUUAAAGCUUGGUUGUUGUAAUAUUUGUCACUCAGGUCACAAAUCAGAUGGUUACAGCAUGCAGAGCAUACAUUACUGACAACGGCACCUCCGGAAUUUGGGAACAGGAUACACAAGACAUCAUCAAAAAGAUACAGGUGAUUGAUGAUGGCAUCAAAAAUAUGGUAAAUUCUACCCCUGAUUUACACUAGGCUUGAGUUUUGACAAUUUUUGGGGGUUGAUAGGAUUGUAUCUACUUGUUCCGGGAGUAUCAGUCCUGCUUCCACAAGACAAAGAAACAAACCCUGGAGAGGCCUGGGGAGAAACCCUUUGAGGUAUCAGAGAUGUACAUCUUUGGCAAGUUUGAGGGUUUCUGCAAGAGACUGGAGAAGGUAUGUACCACAUUAAAAUGCAGCCAACCUUUUCCUUAAAAAAACCGGAAGGCCUGCUGCUACACAUUUGAGAUUAAUGUAUUUCUUGUUUUCAGAUCACUCGGAUGAUCACAGCAGUAAAGACCUUCUCUGUCCUGGGACAGUCCACCAUUGAGGGCAUAGACACUCUGGCUUCCAAGUUCCAAAACAUCUACUUAACCAUGAAGAAGAAGCAGUAUGACAUCCUGGCCCCCAGAAAAGCAGAGUUUGAGGUGGACUUUGCCGAGUUCAUGGUUCAGAUAAGCAACCUCGAGGCAUGUUUUAUUAAACUUUGUUUGAGUAGAUGAGUCUAAAAUGUUUUGUUUUGUUUGUAGGUAAAGAAAAGCUCACAGCUUAACAUGUUGUCAGAGUUCUAAUUCCUAAUUCUAUGAUGUUGUCAUCCUUUAUUUCUUUAGAACCAGCUCCAGAUGUUCAUGAAUUCCUGUUUCUCCAAAAUCCUCUCGUCUCAGCAUGCCUUGUUUUUUCUGCAAAGGUAGACGACAUCACUAUAUAAAAACGAAAUCAACACUCAAACAAUUGUAAUAAAAAUAAGACCGGGUUCUCCCCAGGAUUUUUUAAGAAGGUGAUGCUGUUGAUUAUGGUGGGGGGGGGGGGCCCGUAGGGGGGCAGUGCCCCUCUUUCGACAUAGUAAAAAAAUAAAUAAUAAUAACUGUAACCGCCAUUCCUUGCAAUCUAGAGCCUUAAAUGAAAACAAAGUAUACACAAAAAUAAAAUAAGACAUAGUGGCGCAGCCAGUCCACAAGGUGGCGCAGCGCCGCUCUUACAUUCUUUGGGUAGAGCCAUGUCAGAGUUGUCUACCUCACAAAUGGAAUUAGCAUGCUGGUAUAUUUAACAUUUUCAGAACCAAAGAUGGAAAUGUUACUUUGACGUAUAGUUUUUUAAUUGUCUGUAGAUUUCAGAAGCUGAACAUGCCCUGUCUAAAGACAGAAAUCUCAAGCACAGUUGGGCUUAUUCUUCAGCACUACGUCUCAGAGCUGGAGUCUGUCAAGAAGGUAUGUUUAUAAAUGUAAUCCUUAGUCCUGAAGAUGAUCAGGUAGCCUAUAGGCACAGACGCAUUAUGGAUCAGACUUUAGCACAGUUUUCUUUAUCCAUGCAGCUCUACCAGAUUCACAGAGAGGACCCUCCAUUGGCCAGGAACAUGCCCCCUAUAGCUGGCAAAGUCCUCUGGAUUAGACAGCUCUACAGGAGCAUACAGGAACCCAUACACUACAUUGAGGUAGGUUCAAACCUCACAACAUGACCUAUAAGAUUUCUUGUACAGUUUCAGAAAUCUACUAAGAAUUUCAUCUACUGAGAAACAACACUAACUUCAAAUUUUUUCCACAGAAAAACUCAGAGAUCCUGUCUAGUCCAGAGGGAAAGGAGGUGGUGAGAAUGUACAACCGGACCGCAGCUGUGUUUGUGGAGUUUGAGCUUCUCUACCACAGAGCCUGGAUGAGGGAGGUCUCACAGCUCCAAUACGGUCAGCAGCCUACCCAUUUAUCUCAUCUGAUCUGAAUUCAUUGUUUUUUCUCAUAUUUCACAAAAUAUGCAUGUCUUUCCCUGUAUUUGAUAACAGCUUUACAAGCAACCUUAUUAGUCCGCCACCUGGACACAGGAAAACUACUCGUCAACUUCGAUCCCAAAAUCAUGGAGAUAGUGCGAGAGACAAAGUGCAUGCUGAAGAUGGGUCUGGAGGUUCCUGAUCAGGCUCUGCGUCUGGUCAAGACAGAGUGGUCGAUGAAAGCCAACAAACUUCGACUGGAGGUAAUAUCCUAGACAAUGCAGAGUCACAGACAUUAGAUUAACUGAUUAACCAUAUUGCCCUGAUUUAUUAUUGCAGACUUUACUGUGCAACUACGAGGCCAUCUGUGAGAAAAUACCUGCCGUUUUCUACAACCUGAUGGCAUCCAAGAUAAAAAAUGUAAGAAAGUUAAAAUGGUCUAAAAUACAGUAUGAUCCCUUGAAGGAGAGAUGUCACUGUUUGGAGACUAGCUAGUAUUACCUCCUAAAUUCAUUUAGGUUGUUUUAUUGUUUGUGGUUACUUUAGGUUGAGUCUGUGCUUCGCCACGGAUUGGUGUUACUCAACUGGUCAUCUCUCAUCUUGGACAACUUCUUUCAAAAUGUUGACACCGCCAUGUCUGAACUUAACCAUCUCCUAAAGAAGGUACACUGAAAAUACUGCAUUUAGUUCAAAUGUAGUUCAAUUGGAAAAUACUUGUUGAUGAGUCGUGUGCUCAACUUUGUGUUUCUCUUCAGGUGCGAGACAUCUGUGAGAUGCACAUUGAUACUGUCCUUCAAGACGUCUCCGAGACUGUGCUGAUCGAUCUCCCAGAGGACAGGCCCUCAUCACUGCAAGGCCUCAUCAGCACCAAUGAGGUAUGCCCAUCUAAUCGGUGGCAGGUAGCUUAGCAUUUAAGAGCGUUGGGCCAGUAACCGAAAGGUCGUUGGUUCGAAUCCCAGAGCCGACUUGGUGGAAAAUCUGGCCAUGUGGCCUUGGAGCAAGGCACUUAACCCUAAUUGCUCCUGUAAAUGACUAAAAUGUAAAUGUUGUGGGGAGACCUCAGUGUACAGUUUACAUUGCCUUGCAAAAGUAUUCAUCCCUUUUGGCGUUUUUCCUAUUUUGUUGCAUUACAACCUGUAAUUUAAAUGGAUCGUAAUCUAAAAAAUAAAUAACAGAAAAGUGGUGCGUGCAUAUGUAGUCACCUCCUUUGCUAUGAAGCCCCUAAAUAAGAUCUGUUGCAACCAAUUACCUUCAGAAGUCACAUAAUUAGUUAAAUAAAGUCCACCUGUGUGCAAUCUAAGUGUCACAUGAUCUCAGUAUAUAUACACCUGUUCUGAAAGGCCCCAGAGUCUGCAACACCACUAAGCAAGGGGCACCACCAAGCAAGCGGCACCACAAAGACUAAGUAGCUUUCCAAACAGGUCAGGGACAAAGUUGUGGAGAAGUACAGAUCAGGAUUGGGUUAUAAAAAAUAUCAGUAACUUUGAACAUCCCACGGAGCACCAUUUAAAUCCAUUUUUUAAUAUGGCACCACAACAAACCUGCCAAGAGAGGGCCGCCCACCAAAACCUACGGACCAGGCAAGGAGGGCGUUAAUCAGAGAGGCAACAAAGAGACCAAAGAUAACCCUGAAGGGGCUUUACAGAAGAGUGGCCAGAAAAAAGCCAUUGCUUAAAGUAAAAAAUAAGCAAACAGGCAUGUGGGAGACUCCCCAAACAUAUGGAAGAAGGUACUCUGGUCAGAUGCCUCUCCUUGUGCGGGCGGCUAUCAGCGGUCGUCGUCACCGGCUUUCUAGCUGCCACCGAUCUACGUUUCUGUGUUCCAUUUGUUUUGUCUGUAUUGUACACACCUGGUUCCCAUCACGUUAAUUUGUUUCCCUAUUUAAACCUCUGGUUCCCUCAUGGUGUUGUGCGUGAUUGUUCUUUGUUUUGUGUUAUAUACUGCUGUUUGCUGUUUUAUUUCCCUGCUUGGAAAGUAGAUUUGUUGCUUUUCCGAGUAAAGUUUGUCAUUUACUCAGUUCUGUGUCCUGCGCCUGUCUCCGUCCUACCACUGCAUCUUCAAAGUGGUAGGCAUGUUGUGUAUAUCAAAUGAUACAAACUCCCAAAAAAUCAAUUUUAAUUGCAGGUUGUAAGGCAACAAAAUAGGAAAAAUGCCAAGGGGGGUGAAUACUUUCGCAAGCCACUGUACUUUAGUUUAUUGGACUUUCAACAUUAUUACAGGUUUUUUAAAACAGUUGUUACUUUGCUGUUAUAAUAAAAACAUGAAUGUUGAAUAAAUUAGACAAUAGUCUGGUCCAAAGUUUUUAUAUUUCCUAAUUGCUAAUUACAGCUUUAAUCAGUUUCUAUGACCGCCUUCUAUGCACUGUCUCGUUGUUAGAUUUCUUAUUCUUACCAUGAAAUUGCUGUGACUCUGUUUUGUAGAACCAGUCAAAGGAGUGGGCAGAAAUGUUGGACCACAAAAGCAGACAUGUUGAAGAGGCAGUGAAGGAGCUGAUUGAGAUAUUCAAUACUAUUUACGAGUCAAAAGAAGUCAAGAAACCUGUGGAAGUACCAGUUGUUAAAGGUAUUUCAUGAGAAACCCUGUAAAGAACCGGAAACUCUUAAUAUCUCAUCUCAUCAACAUACUCAUAAACAUCCUCAUCAAAUUUAAACGUAACUCAUUUUGUAUUCCAGAGCGGAAGAAUGUGGCAUUCUCGGAAGAAGUUGACACCUCCGUUGAUGAUGAUCAUAGCGAUGACAAAGAAUCUGACAAAGAAGAUGACUUUGAGAAGGUAAGUAUCUUCCUGUACUGACUCCACCAAAAUAUACUGUACAUUUGUGAGAACAGGGCGCUUCAAUGCUUUAAACAACAAUCCUGAUCCUAGGAGUGCAAAGAGAUGUACGCCUGGUUCAGCACCAAGCUACUUGACGCCUUGGUCAAAGCAACAAGGUUAUCUCUGGACACACUGAAAAGAAGAAUCUUCGUUGCGACGUAAGUAUGCAUGGGUUGUCAUAUACAGUAUUAUCCCUUGGUUUAGCUAAAAGAGAUUAAUUGUAGCUGUAUAGCUCGAAAUGUUGGGCUAAUAUUCUCAGUUGAGUCAUUUGAAGGAGUGUAAAGAUUUUAUUCAGAGUCUCUUACUUCUCUGUUCAGCUUGUCAGCAAGAAAGGGACGUUUCAGCCAAUCACAACCAAGCACAGAGGAGCUGGUGACUUUUAUCAAAUCCGAAGUCCACCUGACCAUACCCAAUGUGGUGAGUUCAUUUUAGAUUCAAUUUGAAAUGUUUUAUUUAAUAUAAUUACAUUCUUACAUUUUGCACCAGGUGAUGGUACCCAGUUUGGAUGACAUCCAGCAGGCCAUCAACCGGCUGGUCCACCUGGUGCUGGAGGUGAGCCGGGGAGUGACCCGUUGGGGACAGGAGCACCACCACAAAGGCAAGCCCAAGUCUGGCAGUAAGACUCAGCCACCAUCUUAUCUUACCACUAAACACAGAUUGUACAUUUCUCCACUUGUGAAAAUUCACUGUUAGAAUUAGGAAUCAUACAACUUCCCAGGAAAUAGAAUACUGUAUUUUGCAGUCCUUUGAAUUGUGUUGACAUUGAUAACACAAUGAGUAUUGAUUUACAUUUUUACAUUUACUUCAUUUAGCAGACGCUCUUAUCCAGAGCGACUUACAAAUUGGUGCAUUCACCUUAUAGCCAGUGGGAUAACCACUUUACAAUUUUUUUAUUUUUUUUUAUUUUUUGGUGGGGUAAGGGGGGUGUAGAAGGAUUACUUUAUCCUAUCCCAGGUAUUCCUUAAAGAGGUGGGGUUUCAAAUGUCUCCGGAAGGUGGUGAGUGACUCCGCUGUCCUCGCGUUGUGAGGGAGCUUGUUCUACCAUUGGGGUGCCAGAGCAGCGAACAGUUUUGACUGGGCUGAGUGGGAACUGUGCUUCCGCAGAGGUAGGGGAGCCAGCAGGCCAGAGGUGGAUGAACGCAAUGCCCUCGUUUGGGUGUAGGGACUGAUCAGAGCCUGAAGGUACGGAGGUGCCGUUCCCCUCACAGCUCUGUAGGCAAGCACCAUGGUCUUGUAGCAGAUGCGAGCUUCAACUGGAAGCCAGUGGAGUGUGCGGAGGAGCGGGGUGACGUGAGAGAACUUGGGAAGGUUGAACACCAGACGGGCUGCGGCAUUCUGGAUGAGUUGUAGGGGUUUAAUGGCACAGGCAGGGAGCCCAGCCAACAGCGAGUUGCAGUAAUCCAGACGGGAGAUGACAAGUGCCUGGAUUAGGACCUGUGCCGCUUCCUGUGUAAGGCAGGGUCGUACUCUCCGAAUGUUGUAGAGCAUGAACCUACAGGAUCGGGUCACCGCCUUGAUGUUAGCGGAGAACGACAGGGUGUUGUCCAGGGUCACGCCAAGGCUCUUCGCACUCUGGGAGGAGGACACAACGGAGUUGUCAACCGUGAUGGCGAGAUCAUGGAACGGGCAGUCCUUCCCCGGGAGGAAGAGCAGCUCCGUCUUGCCAAGGUUCAGCUUGAGGUGGUGAUCCGUCAUCCAUACUGAUAUGUCUGCCAGACAUGCAGAGAUGCGAUUCGCCACCUGGUUAUCAGAAGGGGGAAAGGAGAAGAUUAGUUGUGUGUCGUCUGCGUAGCAAUGAUAUGAGAGGCCAUGUGAGGAUAUGACAGAGCCAAGUGACUUGGUGUGUAGCGACAUGAAGGAUUAUUUAACUUGAGUUGUUUUCUCAGCAGGGAAGCUGAAGAACUUCUAUCAGAGCGUAGCUGAACACAAGGACAUCUGUAAGCUGGUGGUCCUCCUCACAUCAGCAGUCAACUCUCUGAGGAAACCGGCCAGUGAUGUUCUCAAGCAGUUCCAUCCCUUUAAGGUGGUCUGGGCAGAGGACAGACAGAUUAAGGUCAAGGUGUGUCAAUGCUAAGUCACAAACUUUUUUUAGUUACUAUUUGCUUGUUUACUACAAACUAAGUUGACAUGUAAUAAUAUAAUAAUUUGGUGGGUGCUGAUAUUUGUCCUGUGUCACACAUGGACAAGUUUGUAUUAAACGCAUGUGUGAACUGGAAACGUUUUUUUUUUGCAUAUCCCAACUCCCCCUGAGACACCUUCAGAGAGUGGGGUCACUGCCAGGGUCAGCAACCUUUCGGAUACUGGCCCAACACUCUAAUCGCUAGGCUACCUGCCGCCCAUAUUGGGUGCAUCGACAGCGUUGUUUUUCCUUCUCACUAACCUGUGGAAUCUUAUCUCUUCUUUGAAUAGGAGUUCAUGGACAGCAACCCCUACCUGACUCAGAUCAAAUCUGAAAUUCUGCACUACGUGGCAUUCGAACAGGAGAUUGAUGAAAUCAAGCCUAGCAUUAUUUUGGGGUCCAUUGAAUUGUCAACAGGUAUGGCGUAUACAAACUAGGCCUUUAACUCAUGAGCGCUUAAUGAAACCUUCAUAAGCCCUUUAAAAGGCCUACAUACUGUAAAUGCUUCACAAGUCUUUGAUACUUAGUAAACCACAAAUAAUUGGCUAGCUAUUUAUUUUGUGAUCAUUUUCCUUUCUCCUAGCUCCGCUGAAGAUGUCUCUGACAGUCGAGGCAAAGGCCUGGAAGAAGCUCUUGUGCAAAUACCUGAAUGAGCAGUACAAAAAGAAAAUGAUGGAGAUCAUGACUUUCACUGGAGAACACCUGAAAAAGCUCUCCAGGCCUAUCGCAGACCUGGAGGAUGUGCGUUUCGCCAUGGAAGCCCUGUCCAAAAUACGAGACUCCGAGAUCAAGAUAGACAUGACCCUGGGACCCAUUGAGGUAAAAAUUCAAACUAUGGCUUAUAAUUUGUGGGAUUGCAAUGGUAGGAGAUUGCACAGAUACAUAUUUGUGAAGUACUUUUCUCAUACUAUCUGUUAUGUCUGCUAGGAAGCCUAUGGGAUCCUGAAUAGAUUUGAAGUGGAGGUGACCAAAGAGGAAGCGGAGGGGGUGGAUACUCUCAGAUACUCCUUCAUCAAACUGCAGUCCAAAGCGGUCAGUUGAAAUGGUUAACUACUAUACAUUUAUCCUGUGGAAUAACUAAUGUUUGCAACUCAGUUGUACAUUUUUGACGAAUUACAUAUGGUAUUAUGUAGUCAAAAUAGCAAUUUUGUUUAUUUUGUUACCCCAGAGAUCAGUGCAAGACCAGCUGGUUCGUGUGCAGCCCAAGUUCAAACGGAACCUGUUGGAAUCAGUCACUGUUUUCCAAAAGGAUGUUGUGAUGUUUACAGACCAGUAUGAACUGGUAAAGAAGAAAUUCACACAUUGUAUUUAUUUACUUCAGUUACCACACAGUAGAUACAUACAGUGCAUUCAGAAAGUAUUCAGACCCCUUGACUCUUUCCACAUUUUGUUACGUUAGUCUUAUUCUAAAAUUGAUUAAAUUGUUUUUUUCCUCUCAUCAAUCUACACCAAAUACCCCAUAAUGACAAAGCAAAAACAGAUGUAGAAGUGUUUGCAAAUUUCUUCAAAAAAAAAAACGGAACUAUCACAUUUACGUAAGUAUUCAGACCCUUUACUCAGUACUUUGUUGAAGCACCUUUGGCAGCGAUUACAGCCUUGUCUUCUUUGGUAUGAUGCUACAAGCUUGGCACACCUGUAUUUGGGGAGUUUCUCCCAUUCUUCUCUGCAGAUCCUCUCAAGCUCUGUCAGGUUGGAUGGGGAGCAUCGCUGUACAGCUAUUUUCAGGUCUCUCCAGAGAUGUUCGAUCGGGUUCAAGUCCGGGCUCUGGUUGGACCACUUAAGGACAUUCAGAGACUUGUCCCGAAGCCACUCCUGCGUUGCCUUGGCUGUGUCCUUAGGGUUGUUGUCCUGUUGGAAGGUGAACCUUCACCCCAGUCUGAGGUCCUGAGCGCUCUGGAGCAAGUUUUCAUCAAGGAUCUCUCUGUACUUUGCUCCGUUCAUCUUUCCCUCGAUCCUGACUAGUCUCCCAUUCCCUGCCGCUGAAAAUCAUCCCCACAGCAUGAUGCUGCCACCACCAUGCUUCCCCGUAGGGAUGGUGCCAGGUUUCCUCCAGAAGUGAUGCUUGGCAUUCAGGCCAAAGAGUUCAAUCUUGGUUUCAUCAGACCAGAGAAUCUUGUUUCUCAUGGUCCGAGAGUCCUUUAGGUGCCUUUUGGCAAACUCCAAGCAGUCAUGUGCCUUUUUACUGAGGAGUGGCCACUCUACCAUAAAGGCCUUAUUGGUUGAGUGCUGCAGAGAUGGUUGUCCUUCUGGAAAGUUCUCCCAUCUCCACAGAGGAACUCUGGAGCGCUGUCAGAGUGACCAUCAGGUUCUUGGUCACCUCCCUGACCAAGGCCCUUCUCCCCCGAGCUCUAGGAUGAGUCUUGGUGGUUCCAAACUUUUUCAGUUUAAGAAUGAUGGAGGCCACUGUGUUCUUGGGGACCUUCAAUGCUGCAGACAUUUUUUGGUAUCCUUCCCCAGAUCUGUGCUUGGAAACAAUCCUGUCUCUGAGCUCUACGGACAAUUCCUUCGACCUCAUGGCUUGGUUUUUGCUCUGUCGUGCACUGUCACCUGUGGGACCUUAUAUAGACAGGUGUGUGCCUUUUCAAAUAAUGUCCAAUCAAUUGAAUUUACCACAGGUGGACUCCAAUCAAGUUGUAGAAACAUCUCAAAGAUGAUCAAUGGAAACAGGAUGCACCUGAGCUCAAAGUCUCAUAGCAAGGGUCUGAAUACUUAUGUAAAUAAGGUAACCUGUUUUUGCUUUGUCAUUAUGGGGUAUUGUGUGCCUUUUCAAAUCAUGUCCAAUCAAUUGAAUUGAUGAGGGAAAAAAAUAAUUUACUCAACUUUGGAAUAAGGCUGUAACGUAACAAAAUAUGGAAAAAGUCAAGGGGUCUGAAUAAUGUCAGAAUGCACUGUAGGUCAUUAUUGGGGUCAUUGUUUGUUGUAGGAGGGCCCAAUGGUGCCUGGGAUAGUUCCCAACGAGGCCAGCACCAGGCUGCAGAUAUGCCAGGUAACACUAACACACACACACCACAGACACUACACACACCACACCACACCACACAUAUACUCAACAUAGACAAGUUUUCCAGGUAAUAUACACAAAACAAAUAAACUUGUCUUUCAUGUGAUGCGCAUAGACGCACACAAAAGGGUUUUACAGCAGUUAAUCUACACAGAUGUGUUACAUGCGUCAUGGGUGUUUUUCUUUUUCUUCAUAUCUUCAGGCCAGAUUUGAUGACCUGUGGAGGAAAUUCAUCACCUACUCGUCAGGAGAGCAGCUCUUUGGCCUACCAGUCACAGAUUAUGAGGCUCUGCAAAAAACACGGUAAACUGUAAUGGAUGUUAUUCACCAUAGACAUACAAUCAGUGGCCAUUUAGUACUGGGUCAGACCCCCCCUUUGCCUACAGAACAGCCUGAAUUCAUUGGGGCAUGGAAACGUUGCUCAAUUGGUUUCAAGGGAACUAACAUGUGCCAGUAGGAAAACAUUCCUGACACCAUUACACCACUGCCACCAGCCUGUACCAUUGAUACCAGACAGGAUGGGGUCAUUGACUCGUACUGCUAAUGACAAAUCUUGACUCUGCCAUCAGCAUGAUGCAACAAGAACCGGGAUUCGUCGGACCAGGCAAUGUUUUUCCACUCCUCAAUUGUCCAGUGUUGGUGAACUCGUGCCCACUGGAGCCACUUCUUCUUGUUUUUAGCUGAUAUGAGUUGAACCAGGUGUGGUCGUCUGCUGCAAUAGGCCAUCCGUGACAAGGACCGACGAGUUGCGUUCCGAGAUGCCGUUCUGCACACCACUAUUGUACUGCGCCGUUAUUUGCCUGUUUGUGGCCCGCCUGUUAGCUUACACAAUUCUUGCCAUUCUCCUUUGACCUCUCAUCAACAAGCUGUUUUCACCCACAGGACUGCCGCUGACUAUACGUUUUUAGUUUGUCGCACCAUUCUCAGUAAACCCUAGACACUGUUGUGCGUGAUAAACCAAGGAGGCCGGACGUUUCUGAGAUACUAGAACUGGCGCACCUGGCACAGACGAUAAUACCGCUCUCAACGUCGCUUAGGUCACUCGUUUUGCCCAUUUUAACGUUCAGUAGAACAGUAACUAAAUGCCUCGAUGGCUCUCUGCCUGCAAACCACGGCCACGUGACUCACUGUCUGUAGGAGUGAAAAAAAUUUGUGAACUGGGUGGUGUACCUAAUAAACUGGACACUGAGUGUAUAUACUCCACAUAUACAGAUAUUCUUAUAGGUCAUCUAGGUUUAUAUACAAUACAUCAUUGGUUGUCACUUGUAGAACGAUCAUAUCACUGAAAUUAUGACUGUCUGAUAUUCAAUACUUCUUGUUUCAUCAACAGUGUAGUUAGAUGACAAGAUAAAGAUGAUACUAUUUAUUUUGUCACCAUAGAAAAGAGCUGAGUCUACUCCAGAAGUUGUAUGGACUCUAUGACACCGUGAUGGCCAAAAUUAGUGGAUACUACGACAUUCUAUGGACAGAGGUGGACAUUGAGGCAAUCAACGCAGAGCUUUUGGACUUCCAGAAUAGGUACUGUACUUUUGCUGUCGUGUUAUAUUUCUGCUGAUUCAGAAUUACCUUGCUGUUUCCUUUCAUAGGUCAUAUCAUUAGGGGAGCAAAAUGAAAAUGAGCGUGUUUUAUUGGACAGAUAGUACCUCCCUGUUUCACUCUGUUUUGGAAUCUUUCUUUUUCGUUUUGUGCCUACUGAACACUACCCUGUUGUUGAGAUGUAAUGAAUAUUUUGACCACUAGGUGUAAGAAGCUGCCCAAAGGCCUGAAGGACUGGCAGGCAUUUUUGGACCUGAAGAAGAGGAUCGAUGACUUCAGCGAGUCUUGCCCCCUGCUGGAGAUGAUGGCCAUCAAGGCCAUGAAGCAGAGGCACUGGGACCGCAUCACCGGCCUGACGGGCAAAAAGUUUGAGGUGGAGUCAGACACUUUCGCCCUGCAGAACAUCAUGGAGGCAAACCUGUUGAAAUACAAGGAGGACAUUGAGGUUAGUGUUAUAAUACACAAUUAAAUUAAAUCUUUAUUACAGGGAAAUCCAUGAUGAUAGCAUAGCUAUGUUAGCUUAUAUUUGCUUAUUUUACAGGCUUAAAGCAUUAUUUAAUCUUUGAUGUAGUGUUUCUGUAGUGGUCUUCCCCACUGUUUGACAUGUUAACUGUCCUGUCUUGUUGUGCCUCAGGAUAUCUGCAUCUCGGCGGUCAAGGAGAAGGACAUUGAGGCCAAGCUGGCCCAGGUGGUGGAUGUGUGGUCCAGUCAGUCUCUGAGCUUCAUGACCUUCAAGGGCCGAGGAGAGCUGAUGCUGAAAGGGACAGAGACCUCUGAGAUAGUCGCUACCAUGGAGGACAGUUUGAUGCUGCUGGGAUCAUUGCUGAGCAACAGGUAUGAACAACUAACUGACUUGGCUACAGAUAAUGACCUUCACUUGAUCAAAGUCAGGUGUUGUUGUUGGUAGAAUGUUAAUGCUGCCAGACUCUUACCUUGCCCUUACAUCUUUGCAUAGAUACAAUGCUCCGUUCAAGAAAGACAUUCAGAACUGGGUCUUCAAGUUGUCUACCUCAUCUGACAUUAUUGAGCAGUGGCUUAUCGUCCAGAACCUGUGGGUGUAUUUGGAGGCUGUGUUCGUGGGAGGUGACAUUGCCAAACAACUGCCACAGGUACUGCACGAAUGCCCAUCUGCAGAUCAGCAAAACAUUUGAUUUAUGCAUCUUGAUCAUAUAAAGGAUCUCCACACUGUAGCAAAACAUAAUGCCAAUAUUCAAACAUAUGUCUUCAACAUGAAGAAAUAUUCCCAGCAAUCGUGUUGCAUGGCAAUAUACUCUAGUUUUCUGAUUCUGACAUUAUAUUUUUUCUCCCUUUAGGAAGCCAAGCGCUUCCAGAACAUUGACAAGUCGUGGAUCAAGAUCAUGCAGCGUGCCCAUGAGAUCCCCAACGUGGUGCAGUGCUGCGUGGGAGACGAGACCAUGGGUCAGCUGCUGCCUCACCUGCAGGAGCAGCUGGAGCUCUGCCAGAAGUCUCUCACUGGGUACGGAUAAAGACUGUUCAGCUCAAACUGUUUAGCAUUGGCACCUCUUUCAUCUGACUACGUUACUUGAACUCAACAGGUACCUGGAGAAAAAGAGGCUCCAGUUCCCCAGGUUCUUCUUUGUUUCUGAUCCCUCCCUCUUGGAAAUCCUGGGACAAGCUAGCGAUCCACACACAAUUCAGGUAGCAGCGGCUCUUAGAACAGCAGAGAUUUGUCUAAAUAAAAAGAGAUGCACAAUGACUCAGAUAAGGGAAACUCUCUUUUCCAGCCUCAUCUCCUUGGUGUGUUUGACAAUGUUAACGAAGUGGAAUUCCACGCCAAAGAUUAUGACAAGAUUUUGGCUGUCAUUUCACAAGAAGGAGAGAAAGUGCCGGUAUGCAACAUUAUCAUUAUGAUCAAAUGCAAUACUCACUAUGAUCUCGUGUGUGUGUGUGUGUAUUAAUAAUAAUUUGGUAGGUGCUUAUAUUUGUCCUAUUUCACAUGUGUGAAUUGGAAAUCAGUUUUUUGCAUAUCCCAACUCUCCCUGAGACACCAGGGCCAGCCAUUAUCAGCAGAAACCCUGGAGCAAUUAGGGUUAAAUGCGUCGCUCAAGGGCACAUCAACAGAUUUUUUAACCUUGUCGGCUCCGGGAUUCGAACCAAACCUUUCGCCACCCUCUGUGUAUGUGUGUGUGUGUGCGUGCGUACGUGUGUACAUGUGUGUGUGCGUGCGUGCAUAUGUAUUUGUGUGCGUGUGUCUGUGUGUGUGAGUGACCGCUCACAUGUAUCUGUUUGCAGCUGGACCACCCAGUGAUGGCGAGGGGGCCUGUGGAGCUGUGGCUGGGAGAGCUGCAGAUGCAGCAACAGGCCUCUCUACACUCUGUCAUCAAGGCUGCUGACCUCCAGAUCAACGACUCAGGCUUUCAGCUCCUCACCUUCCUCAACCAGUUCCAAGCACAGGUGGAGAGAGCAACCUAUAAAUCCAUUAUAUGAACCAGAAUGAUGAAGAAUAUCCAUUUAGGAUCAAUUGUAGGAUCAAUUGUCAACUCGGGAUCAAUUGUUGAAUCAUAGGAUCGAUCAAUUGUCAAAAAUAUAUGUAAUUAGAAUUAGUGUAUCAUUGAUAUCUUUGUUUUCUCAGGUGGGCCUGCUUGGCAUCCAGAUGCUGUGGACACGGGACUCGGAGGAGGCGCUGCGCAACGCCAAAGACGACAAGAAGAUCAUGCCAACCACCAACCAGAAGUUCCUGGAUCUGCUCAACACACUGAUUUCACAGACCACCCACGACCUGACCAAGUUUGAUCGUAUCAAGUUCGAGACGCUCGUCACAAUCCACGUGCACCAAAGGGACAUCUUUGAUGACCUAGUGAGUCGCUGGAAAAUAAAACAUUCUUAUGUCUCUAAGUUACAUUUUAGAACAUUUACAUUUUGGGUUUUGGGUUCAAACACAAAGCUAUUUAAAUGUUUUGCUAUUCCUUUUCAGGUCAAAAUGCACAUCAAGUCAACCACUGACUUUGAGUGGCUGAAGCAGAGCAGGUUCUACUUCAAGGAGGACUUGGAUCAUGUCUUAGUGUCCAUUACCGACGUCGACUUUGUUUACCAAAACGAAUUCCUGGGUUGCACUGACCGUCUGGUCAUCACCCCUCUAACUGACAGGCAAGAAAAGAUGAUGCUGGUUCCUGUGUGUGUGUGUGUGUGUGGUGAAGAUCUUUCCUUAGUGAAAUGUUCAAUAACCAUGAUGUCAAACCAUCAAUUUAUAGGUGCUACAUCACACUAUCUCAGGCUCUGGGCAUGAGCAUGGGCGGCGCCCCAGCCGGGCCAGCCGGUACAGGGAAGACUGAGACCACUAAAGACAUGGGCCGCUGUCUGGGGAAAUACGUGGUGGUCUUCAACUGCUCUGACCAGAUGGAUUUCAGAGGACUUGGCAGAAUCUACAAAGGUGAAUAAUUGAUGCAAUUGAGUUGAUUUCAUUAUGUCAACUCAAUGGCAACAAUUGGAAGUGUGCCCUCUUUUCUCUAUGGGCAAGCUAGGCUAAUCAUUUUGGGAUGCUAAUGUUAGUAGUCAGUUGUCUAAUGCAGUGGUUCCCAAACUGUGGGGCACGCCCCAUAGGGGGGGUGCGAGGGGUCGGCAGGUGGGGCGCGGGGUCCCGUCCCCCCAGUUUAGUUUUUUUAAAGGAACUCAGUCCGGCUUUAAACUUACUCUUGAAAGUUGUAAUAGUAGAACGCACAAGGUGCAAUUUUGAAAUUGUGUAGUGCAUAAUCAGUUCCUCUUGUUACGUUAGUCAUUGCAUACCUUUUGAGAGCUAUUUAUAACUUGUCCAGAAAUGUCCAGCUCAACUAGCCUAUGUCAGCAAAACAUUUUCUAGCCCAUAGGUAUUGUACUUUUUUAGUCUCUAAAAUCACAUUAAUACAAAUUAGACAUGGCAAAAUGUAUUGAAUUGCAAGAAAAUUUGCUUUAAAACGGCAAAGUUUUCUUUGCAUUCCAUGACAAAAUGUGUAGAAUUGCAGGAAAUAAGCUUUAAACCUGCAAAAUUCUUUCCACCAACAACGGGCCGUGAACAGUUUGUCAUGAACAGUGCUUGUGCCCAUAGAAAUAGACGUGGCGCGUGCGUGCACAGGGGGGGCGCGGGAUGUUCCCCAAUGCUGGAAGGGAGGCCCGAGUGAAAAAGUUUGGGAACCCCUGGUCUAAUGUCAGUUGUUAAUGUUGGUCUUCUGCUUACUUCCAGGUCUUGCCCAGUCUGGCUCCUGGGGCUGCUUUGACGAGUUCAACAGAAUUGACUUGCCUGUGCUGUCUGUAGCUGCACAGCAGAUCUACAUCGUUCUCUCAUCCCGUAAAGACCGCAAAACACAAUUCAUCUUCACCGACGGGGACUUAGUCAGUCUGAACCCAGAAUUUGGGCUGUUUAUCACCAUGGUGAGUGGGAGGCAAGACAACAAAGCUUUGCCAUUAGUCACUGAGUACAAGCUCUUUGACAAGCAGCAUGUAUAAAGCUUUUGAAUACCAACAUGUUUUCAUGUUAUCCUGUUAUUUCAUAGAACCCUGGUUAUGCUGGGCGUCAAGAGCUGCCAGAGAACCUGAAAGUACAGUUCAGAACUGUGUCCAUGAUGGUGCCAGACAGACAGGUGGGUUGAGUUCCCUUCCCUCAGGUUAACUACCACACUGGGAUUGUAACCCACUGUGUCUUAGCUGCCGGUCAACAAUGUGUUCCCCAUUGUUUUCCAGAUCAUCAUGAGGGUGAAAUUGGCCAGCUGCGGUUUCAUUGAAAACGUUGUCUUGGCCCAGAAGUUCUUUGUGCUCUACAAACUGUGCGAGGAGCAACUGACAAAGCAGGUGAAUGCAGAGGCAGUCAUCCCUGUCUGUACUGGCCUUUUAAAGAACAAGAAUAAAUGAACUGCUACACUAAGACUGACAGUCAAUCCAUCCUAUCAGGUCCACUAUGACUUUGGUCUGAGGAACAUCCUGUCCGUGUUGAGAACCCUGGGGGCCAAUAAGCGAGCCCGACCACAAGACACAGAGUCCAGCAUUGUGAUGAGAGUGCUGCGCGACAUGAACCUCUCCAAACUGGUAUGAAAAGAGACAUCAUCAGCAAAACUAUUGAUCCUCAUUAUUAUGUUUUUUACAUGCUAACACGCUAACAUAUUUUGUCUCUUUGGUGCUUCUCCCUGCCAGGUGGAUGAGGACGAGCCUCUCUUCCUCAGUCUGAUCAGUGAUCUGUUCCCAGGGAUCCAGCUGGACGGGAGCACCUACGCUGAGCUGCAGGUUGCCGUGGCCAACCAGGUGGAGCUGGCAGGCCUCGUCAACCACCCUUCGUGGAACCUCAAACUUGUUCAGGUGACACUUUUAGUUCUGUGCUCAGUCACAUACUUUUACAAGUGCUGAUUGCACUGGUGUGUAACCAAAGAUAGAUAGAUAUAUAUAUAUAUAUAUAUAUGAACACAAAGUGAAUAUAUGUUUGAAUGAUUGAUUUAAGAAAAGGUUUAUAGUAAUAAAGUUACCCUCCAAAGAGGGUGAAAUAAAACAUUUGCUCUUGUGUGUGUCAGCUUUACGAGUCGUCGCGUGUGCGUCACGGCCUGAUGACACUCGGCCCCAGUGGAGCUGGGAAGACCGCUGUCAUCAACAUCCUGAUGCGGGCCUUGAGCGAGUGUGGAACGCCCCACAGGGAGAUGAGGAUGAACCCCAAGGCCAUCACGGCCCCCCAGAUGUUCGGGCGUCUGGACGCCGCCACUAACGACUGGACUGACGGCAUCUUCUCCACGCUGUGGAGGAAGACUCUGAAAACCAAGAAGGGUACAACUGUCCGACUGAAUGCACCUUGGGAUACAGUAUUGAUAUGGUGUUACCAUCUGUGAGAGCAUUGUUAGAUGAAUUAGUGUUCAAAUGGUUCAACCUCUGAAUAAGGAUUUUCUCUCGACAAUCCAGCCACAGAGCUUCCAAGGGAGUAACAAUUAGAAACAUUUAUUACAUUUACAUUUACAUUUUAGUCAUUUAGCAGACGCUCUUAUCCAGAGCGACUUACAGGAGCAAUUAGGGUUAAGUGCCUUGCUCAAGGGCACAUCGGCAGAUUUUUCACCUAAUCGGCUCGGGGAUUAGAACCAGUGACCUUUGGGGUACUGGCACAACGCUCUUAACCACUAAGCUACCUGCCGCCCUAUGUUGGAUAGUCAAUCUUCUGUGGGUGAACAAACUAAGUACCAUGUUAAAUAUUACGUUUUUGGGAAACUCACCACUUUUUGUUGUAGGAGAGAACAUUUGGAUCGUCCUGGAUGGCCCUGUGGAUGCCAUCUGGAUUGAGAACCUCAACUCUGUUCUGGAUGACAACAAGACCCUGACCCUGGCCAAUGGUGAUAGGAUCGUCAUGUCCCCAGCCUGUAAGCUGGUGUUUGAGGUGCACAACAUGGACAACGCCUCCCCGGCCACCGUGUCCCGCGUGGGCAUGGUCUUCAUGAGCUCCUCGGCUCUCAGCUGGAGGCCAAUACUGCAGGUACAGGGCUUAUUAUGCAAUAACACAAAUCAAAGUGCUCCUUAUUAUUAUACUCAGUGUGUGGAUAGUGUAAGACUUUCUUCAAUAAUCCAGUGAAAUUUUCUAACUGGCCAUUGUAUUCAAUAUCAGAUAUGUGCCAAAUGGCAAUAUGCUUUGUGUUACAGACAGAGGAUGUCAGGGUGGCGUAACUUUUAAAAAAUCUUCAGAUUCCCCUAAUGUGCUUAGUCCUCAUAAUGACCUAGUUAUGACUAAGUAUAAUGUUCUGUAUGUUGUAGGGAUGGGCUUACAAACGCAGUGCAGUGGAGGCAGACAAUAUCAUGAGUCUGUAUGACAAAGUCUUUGAGGAUGCCUACGUGUACUUGAAGCAAAGCCUCAAGCCCAAAAUGGAGCUUUUGGAGUGCAACUACAUCAUGCAGGUAUGAAUUAAAUGCCUUCAGUAUUUUGUAACCUUAAUUUAAUCAUCACUCUGUUCCAAUAUUCACACUAGCAUACCACUUAAAAUGAAGCCUUGUAUUGGGCAUGCAUUCUAAGUGCUAUUCAAGUAUGGAUAUUGGAACAUAGCCUAAGAGUCUCUUGAGAUAAACAAUCUCUAAUUUUCCCUUUUUUAUAUACAUAUUACUAUGUAUGAUAACUGACCCCAUGUCUGUGACUGUAUGUGUUCAGUCAGUGAACCUUCUGGAGGGCCUGAUCCCCACUAAGGAGGCGGGGGGCCUGGUCAGCAGUAUGCAGCUGGAGCGCCUCUUUGUCUUCUGCCUGAUGUGGAGCGUGGGAGCCCUACUGGAGCUGGAGGACAGGGAAAAGCUGGAGGCCUUCAUCAGGGCCCAUGAGAGCAAGGUGGACAUUCCCAAAACACAGCCCGGAGAGACCAUCUUUGAGUAUAUGGUCAACCAGAACGGUAAGUUUAUUCAUAGCCCAGAAGGUCAGAAAACGUAAAAAUAUGUUAACAAAAUGUGUUUUAUAACCCGUAUACAACCUGUCCAUGACGUCACGAGAGUCAUAAUGACAUCAUUGCACUGUUUUGUCCCAUACCCACUGGGGCUGUUUUUCCUGGAUCCCUAUGGGUCUUGGUUGCUGCACUGUACGGUACUAUAUGUGGGCAGUGCUCUGUAUAUGAUGCAGGCGUUUCUGUUUCAGGUAACUGGGACCAUUGGAAUAACUAUGUGGUGGAGUACAUCUAUCCCACUGACUACGUGCCAGAUUAUGCCGCCAUACUGGUUCCCAAUGUGGACAACACCAGAACCAGUUACCUUUUGGAGACUAUUGCAAAACAGCGUAAGGUACUGUACACACACACUGUCACAAACGAGACUCCCGCUGUUCCUCCUGCUCACCACCAGAGGGAACCCUCUCCUGAGUAUUAAACCCCUGAACUACAUUUCCCACAUACCUGGCUCUGAUUACCGUUGCACCUGACUCCCAUCAGUAGACUAUUUAGGUGCUCUCAAACUCUCUCUCUUUGCGAAGUCUUGUUUACCCUGGUGAUCAUUUCUGAGCGUUUUCGCCUGUGUCUGUCUGCCCGUGGAUUUACUCUGGACUGUUUUUCCCUCCUUGAUUCUUUGCUGCCUGCCCUGGACUAUAUUCUUUACUGGACUGAUUUUUGUAAGCUUGCUGCCAGCCCUGACCUUAUGCCUGUACCUGGAUUACGAGUUGCCUUAUCCCUACUGUUGUGUCUGCUGGCGAUUGACCCUGUUUGUACGACCAAGAUUGUAAUAAAACUGCAAAUGGAUCCUCACUCUCCUGGAGCGUCAGUACACACACACACACACAUUGGGUCAAUUGGGUUAAGUCGUCUCGAUAACAUGUUGGUGUAAUCAUAACGUUUUUACAGGCUGUGUUACUCAUUGGGGAACAAGGAACUGCCAAGACAGUGAUGAUUAAAGGCUACACCAACAAGUACGACCCUGAGACAGACCUGUCCAAAUCACUGAACUUUUCUUCUGCUACUGAGCCUACCAUGUUUCAGGUGAGAUAUGGAUACAUUAUAUACAUUACACAGUAUAUUACAUAUACAUCAUAUAAUACCGUAUUACAUAGCCUACAUUACAUAGAGAAGGUGAUUCAGUGCUAUUGCAUGCGUGACCAAAAAAUGUUCUCACCAAAUUUGGAGGAAGGAUUGUUGACAUAUAUUUGACAUUUGUAUCUAAAAGCAUAAUUUAAAAAUAUUCCAAGUUGGCAUUUUAUGACAUUUUGGCCUCCUUUAAGACUCCAUAAUGUUUAAUCUGUAGGUGCUACAAAGCAGAAAUUGGUGUCGUAUGAAUCUUUACCGCUUGCUCUGUAAUAUGAGUAGUAUUUUGAUUUCAUUUUUUUUUUUUUUACAUUAAUUUAUGAAUAUUGAAAAAUAGAAACAAGCGGUAAAGCUUCAUAUGACACCAUUACAGAGCAAGCGGUAAAGCUUCAUAUGACACCAAUUUUUUCUAUGUAGCACAUACAGAUGAGACAAUGGAGUCUUAAAUUAAAGGAGGCCUGAGUAAGGCCAAAAUGUCCGAAAUAUGCCAACUUUGAUUAAUUCUUUCUCAAUUAUGCUAUUAGAUACAAUGUAAAAUAUAUAACAAUCCUUCCUCCAAAGGACCAUUCUAUGGAUUACAUUUAAUGAAAAUCCCCCAAAUCAUGGUCUUUUUUGUCCUGGUUUCGUGAGGAAUCACUUUAUAGUGUUUCUUCUGAGUAGUAAUGGAAGUGUUGUAUUUAUCACAGCGCACAGUGGAGAGCUACAUUGAGAAGCGAAUGGGCAGCACCUACGGACCUCCUGGAGGACGCAGAAUGACCAUCUUUGUGGAUGACAUCAACAUGCCCAUUGUCAAUGAGUGGGGCGACCAGGUACUGUAGUCAUAGCAUUUCAAUUCAACCCAUCCAUAUAGCCAUCACUGAGGCAGGGCUCUGGACUAACUUUUUCCCCUGGUGGUACUGAUGCCACUAACUUUUCAGUUGAAAGGACCAGCCCAUGAUUUGGUUGCACCCAAAAUAAAUUGCGGCGUCACAAUAGAAAACAUUUGUAAUCACCUUAUAAAGUCAUUCACAGUGACAACAGGAAUUUACAAUGGUUUGCAUUUGCAAAAUAACUGAUUGUGUUUGUUUAUUCUACACACAGAUCACCAACGAGAUAGUCCGUCAGAUGAUGGAGAUGACUGGCAUGUACAGUCUGGACAAACCAGGAGACUUCACCACCAUUGUGGACAUGCAGAUGCUGGCUGCUAUGAUUCACCCUGGGGGAGGCAGGAACGACAUCCCCCAGAGACUGAAGAGACAGUUUACCGUGUUCAACUGUACCCUGCCAUCCAACACCUCCAUCGACAAGAUCUUUGGUAGGCUACUCGCCUCUGAAUUACUUACUGACUAGCUGUGAUGCAGCAAUCAAGUUAUGCAAUAUCACACACACACAGAGUACUUUACGUGUCUCUAUUCCCACAGGCAUCAUGGGCUGUGGAUACUUCCACGAAUGCAGGGAGUUCAAGUCUGAGAUUUCUGAGAUGGUGAAAUAUCUGGUUUCCGCUGGUAGGAUCCUGUGGCAGUGGACCAAGGUAAGCACUGUCCCAAGAUCAGAAUUAAUGCUUUACUGAAUAUAUUUAACCUGGUCCCAGAUCUGUUUGUGAUGUUUGGCAUACUAAAGACCAUAGUAAUUGGCCCUUCGCUAAGCCACGCCUCCUUGGUUACUGUUGCAACCUCGGACAACAUUUUCCCAUGAAGCCCAAUUCCCCAUUCAAACCCCUGGAGAAAACCCCUCAAAAUGAUCUCAAACUGUGUUUUUAAUAGACAAUUAAAUUAAACUCAGACUACCCCUUGCUAAUCAGGAGAUUCUCCGGUAUGUUGGAAUGUCAUUACAAUUGCUUCACGGGAACCUGGUAAAAUUACGUUUGUAGUGUGGCUAGCCACUGGAUGGCUCUGACUAUGCACUAUCAGCAUGCAGUCAAAGCUACUAACCACUUUUGGAGUUAAUUAGUGCUCUCAAAUGUAUCCUGAUGUUGACAGCAGAUGAGAGUUAUAUUAAUAAUAUAGCUAACUUAGCUAGAUAACAUACAUUUGGAGAAAACAAGUUAUAUAAACUCGAUAGCUAGCUAGCGUUAGCUAAAUGUUUUACAGUGGUCAGUGAGAGCUAGCUAACCAGCUAGCAAACACUGCAACAAAGUAUAUUUUCGGAUUUAAAAAAUACUAAUUUCAGGAAUCACAGUCGCAAGUAGCCCUUGUACACUGUUAAAUUAUUUAAACAGUAUUUUUAAAAAUAAACUCUCUGUUUUUGCAACUGCCCUUAUUGGUUUCCAUGCGUUUGAAACUAGAGAUUGUCCAAGGCUGGUUGGUUCUCGAGCAUGGUUAGCAACAGUUGCUAUCCAACGGAGCGCUGCAAUUGGUUGGCGAAAAUUCUGGGGCGGGGCUUAGCAAAGGGUCAAUUGGCUGUACAGCACAAACAGAUCUGGGACCAGACUAGUAUUUGAUCAGUGCAUGAACACAACAUCACAGACGUUCCUAAAUGUUAAUGUAUACCACUACUAUGACCUCCCAGGUGAAAAUGCUGCCCACGCCCUCAAAGUUCCACUACAUCUUCAACUUGAGAGACUUGUCAAGGAUCUGGCAGGGCAUGCUCAUCAUCAAGGCAGAUGAGUGUGAUGAUAUCCCCACCUUGCUGGCGCUGUUCAAGUGUGAAUGCACCAGGGUGAUCGCAGACAGGUACAGACCUGGAAUGAAUAGGGUCCCUGUGAUGAACACUUUGCAUUCACAGUUAUGAUAAAGUCACAAUCAUAAAAAAAAAAUUCAACACAAUUGCAGUCCUGCCACUUGGUUUCCUCUAAAGCUGAGGGAUGGGGCUGGAGAAAUUAUGUAAACAUUGAUGUAGUGCCAUUUUCUUAGCUGCCGGAGCACAAAAGAACAAGUUAACAACGUCAUAAUUUCUCUGAGUUUGUACAAUAGAUGUAGCCUAUUGAAUAUCAUUAUAGCAUAUGCAUGAAAUGCACCCUUCAAAUGCAAUGUCUGCCUAUACCUACACAUAAUGUCUAAAGACAUUUCUAUUUUUAACCCAUUCAUCUCCGUAACGGAAAUUUAAAAAAAUACUCUGGUACACUUGUUCUCUGAGCUUACUGAUGGACAAAUCUACAAUGUGAGUUUUUGAUAUUGUACUAUAUUUAGUCAUUGGAUGCAUGGGGUUACUGUUUUUUAUACAUUUCAUGAAUCAAGUCAUGUGAAUACAUGUUCAAAUGAUCAGAUCUUAAUAAUGUUUUGUAUAUACACUACCGGUCAAAAGUUUUAGAACACCUACUCAUUCAAGGGUUUCUCUUUAUUUUUACUAUUUUCUACAUUGUAGAAUAAUAGUGAAGACAUCAAAACUAUGAAAUAACACAUAUAGAAUCAUGUAGUAACCAAAAAUGUGUUAACCAAAUCAAAAAUAAUUUUGGGAGAUUCUCCAAAUAGCCACUCUUUGCCUUGAUGACAGCUUUGCAUCAAGGCAAAUGGGCCUCACAAUGGGCCUCAGGUUCUCAUCACGGUAUCUCUGUGCAUUCAAAUUGACAUUGAUAAAAUGCAAUUGACAUUCCUGCAGUCAGCAUGCCAAUUGCUUAUACUGUAUAAUAUACUCUAGGAGUGAGUGUGAGUGGAUUUCUUUAGAUAUUGUUUUUAUAUAUGUAUAUAUUGGUACGCUGUUGAGUUUGGCCGCAUGAGAAAAAUGUUUGACCAUUCAGCUAAUCAUCCACAAAUCUCAUAAGAAAUUAGGUGGUGUUUUGGUCUAACAGUACCAUUAUACUAUGCUAUUAUACACUGCUCAAAAAAAUAAAGGGAACACAAAAAUAACACAUACUAGAUCUGAAUGAAUGAAAUAAUCUUAUUAAAUACUUUUUUCUUUACAUAGUUGAAUGUGCUGACAACAAAAUCACACAAAUUAUCAAUGGAAAUCAAAUGUAUUAACCCAUGGAGGUCUGGAUUUGGAGUCACCCUCAAAAUUAAAGUGGAAAACCACACUACAGGCUGAUCCAACUUUGAUGUAAUGUCCUUAAAACAAGUCAAAAUGAGGCUCAGUAGUGUGUGUGGCCUCCACGUGCCUGUAUGACCUCCCUACAACACCUGGGCAUGCUCCUGAUGAGGUGGCGGAUGGUCUCCUGAGGGAUCUCCUCCCAGACCUGGACUAAAGCAUCCGCCAACUCCUGGACAGUCUGUGGCGUUGGUGGAUGGAGCGAGACAUGAUGUCCCAGAUGUGCUCAAUUGGAUUCAGGUCUGGGGAACGGGCGGGCCAGUCCAUAGCAUCAAUGCCUUCCUCUUGCAGGAACUGCUGACACACUCCAGCCACAUGAGGUCUAGCAUUGUCUUGCAUUAGGAGGAACCCAGGGCCAACCGCACCAGCAUAUGGUCUCACAAGGGGUCUGAGGAUCUCAUCUCGGUACCUAAUGGCAGUCAGGCUACCUCUGGCGAGCAAAUGGAGGGCUGUGCGGCCCUCCAAAGAAAUGCCACCCCACACCAUGACUGACCCACCGCCAAACCGGUCAUGCUGGAGGAUGUUGCAGGCAGCAGAACGUUCUCCACGGCGUCUCCAGACUGUCACGUCUGUCACAUGUGCUCAGUGUGAACCUGCUUUCAUCUGUGAAGAGCACAGGGCGCCAGUGGCGAAUUUGCCAAACGUCCUGCGCGGUGUUGGGCUGUAAGCACAACCCCCACCUGUGGACGUCGGGCCCUCAUACCACCCUCAUGGAGUCUGUUUCUGACCAUUUGAGCAGACACAUGCACAUUUGUGGCCUGCUGGAGGUCAUUUUGCAGGGCUCUGGCAGUGCUCCUCCUGCUCCUCCUUGCACAAAGGCGGAGGUAGCGGUCCUGCUGCUGGGUUGUUGCCCUCCUACGGCCUCCUCCACGUCUCCUGAUGUACUGGCCUGUCUCCUGGUAGCGCCUCCAUGCUCUGGACACUACGCUGACAGACACCGCAAACCUUCUUGCCACAGCUCGCAUUGAUGUGCCAUCAAGGAUGAGCUGCACUAUCUGAGCCACUUGUGUGGGUUGUAGACUCCGUCUCAUGCUACCACUAGAGUGAAAGCAGCCAGCAUUCAAAAGUGACCAAAACAUCAGCCAGGAAGCAUAGGAACUGAGAAGUGGUCUGUGGUCACCACCUGCAGAAUCACUCCUUUAUUGGGGGUGUCUUGCUAAUUGCCUAUAAUUUCCACCUGUUGUCUAUUCCAUUUGCACAACAGCAUGUGAAAUGUAUUGUCAAUCAGUGUUGCUUCCUAAGUGGACGGUUUGAUUUCACAGAAGUGUGAUUGACUUGGAGUUACAUUGUGUUGUUUAAGUGUUCCCUUUAUUUUUUUGAGCAGUGUAUUUGGUUCUGUUAUGUUGAAUACUAAUUCAUUAUUAUGUGAUGAACUGAGACAUUGAUUCAGUUUUGAUCUAACUUUAGUAAAUAUUGUGAGAAGUGGCGGACGGCAGCACUACACCCCUGGACGUAACCACUCUCAAAUUCAUAGAUGGAGGACUGACAGUCCAUGAGAAUGAAACCAAUGACCAUAUGGUGAUUGUGUCCCUGUGCUGCAGGUUUGUCUGCUUUGAGGACAAGGUGUGGUUUGAGAAGGCCAUAUCCAGGGUGAUCCAGGAACAUGUGGACCCCAGCCUGGUGCCUGACCUCCACCCUGACCCCUACUUUGUGGACUUCCUGAGAGAGGCUCUCGAGCCCACGGGAGACGAGGCAGACGACGUCUGUUUGGACGCCCCCAAAGUUUACGAACUGGUAAAGAGCCAAGGCACAUUGGCACUAAACUCAGUAGUCUUAUGUUGUCCAAACUAGACAUAAGGGCUGGAUUCCUGGACACAGAUUAAGCCAAGUCCUGGACUGAAAAUAUACAGUACUUCCUGCAUGCUUUUCAGUCCAGGACUAGGCUUAAUCGGUGUCUGGGAAGCAAUCCCUGAAGGUUUAGAUUUCAUCCAUUUGCAAAAUGUGUAUCUAUUUAACCAAAGUAAUGUGUCCUGAUGUCUCAUCAUUAGGUGCCCAGUUUUGAGUUCCUGCGUGAGAAGCUGAUUAUCUAUCAGAGCCAGUACAAUGAGAAUGUUAGAGGGGCCAGUCUGGACCUCGUGUUCUUUACUGAUGCCAUGACUCAUCUCAUCAAGGUUAAGCUAACAUCCUGGCUGCCGUGUUAUUCAUAAUCAGUCAAUAUUACUCUGUCAUCUGUGUUUCGAACUUUUGUUUAAUUAAAAGGUCUUGUAACAACAUCUUUAGAUAAGGUGAGAAUCUUUAUCCUGUGGUCCCCCCACAGAUCUCACGUAUCAUCCGGACAGACUGUGGCAACGCGCUGCUAGUGGGAGUGGGAGGAUCAGGAAAACAGUCUCUCACCCGCCUGGCUUCCUUUAUAGCCGGAUACAGUAUAUUCCAGAUCACCCUGACCAGGUAAGUAUGAGGGGUUAUGUGGUGGAUGGUCAAUAACAGUUAGGUAAAGUAGGUAACAAUGGAUCCUAGAGAUCCUAUUAAAUUACUAGAGGGGCUAUGUCAUAAACCCUCAAAGUUCCAGAAUAGGAUGAUAAUGGCCGUCAUUGUGGUAAAGGAAAUCCAAACCAGUCUAAUUGGAAUGAAUGGCAGUAGAGUCAUAGGUCAUAUUCCUAAUUCUAUGUGAGCAAAGGAUUUGGAAAGAUGAAAGGAGUAUAGUAAGGGCAGCAAUUAGUGUUAUGCAAGCAUUUAAAUUAGGCAAGUCAGUCUCAAAACCAGCUUUAUUGUAUUGAACAUGUAUUUCUAUCUGAAGUAUAGUAGUAAUUCAUUGAUGCUCCAUAUACUAAGGAGAUAAUGAGAGUCCAGCUGAGAAUUGGUCGCUAAUGCCCCUGUUUCCUAUCUACCAGGACGUACAACAUCAGCAACCUGAUGGACGACCUGAAGGUCCUGUACAGAACAGCCGGGGCGGACGGCAAAGGCAUCACCUUUAUUUUCACAGACAACGAGAUCAAGGAUGAGGCCUUCCUGGAGUACCUCAAUAACGUGCUCUCAUCUGGGGAGGUGAUCAAUUUUUUUCUUCUUUUUAGGGGGUAGAUCAGCUUUAAUACUGCAGAUAGAUUGUAGCUUCCAUCAAUGUAAUUGUCUGCAUCAUUUCCAAUCCCCCAUAUAUUUGUUUGUGUGUGUAUAUAUAUAUAUAUAUAUAUAUAUAUAUAUAUACACACACACACACACACAGUGAGGGAAAAAAGUAUUUGAUCCCCUGCUGAUUUUGUACGUUUGCCCACUGACAAAGAAAUGAUCAGUCUAUAAUUUUAAUGGUAGGCUUAUUUGAACAGUAAGAGACAGAAUAACAACAAAAACAUUCAGAAAAACGCAUGUCAAAAAUGUUAUAAAUCGAUUUGCAUUUUAAUGAGGGAAAUAAGUAUUUGACCCCCUCUCAAUCAGAAAGAUUUCUGGCUCUCAUGUGUCUUUUAUACAGGUAACGAGCUGAGAUUAGGAGCACACUCUUAAAGGGAGUGCUCCAAAUCUCAGUUUGUUACCUGUAUAAAAGACACCUGUCCACAGAAGCAAUCAAACAAUCAGAUUCCAAACUCUCCACCAUGGCCAAGACCAAAGAGCUCUCCAAGGAUGUCAGGGACAAGAUUGUAGACCUACACAAGGCUGGAAUGGGCUACAAGACCAUCGCCAAGCAGCUUGGUGAGAAGGUGACAACAGUUGGUGCGAUUAUUCGCAAAUGGAAGAAACACAAAAGAACUGUCAAUCUCCCUUGGCCUGGGGCUCCAUGCAAGAUCUUUUUUUUUAUUUUUUAUUUUUAAGUCAUUUAGCAGACGCUCUUAUCCAGAGCGACUUACAGUUAGUGAUUACAUAUAUAUUUUUUUUAUACUGGCCCCCCGUGGGAAUCAAACCCACAACCCUGGCGUUGCAAACGCCAUGCUCUAUCAACUGAGCUACAUCCCUGCCGGCCAUUCCCUCCCCUACCCUGGACGACGCUGGGCCAAUUGUGCGCCGCCCAUGAGUCUCCCGGUCGCGGCCGGCUGCGACAGAGCCUGGAUUCGAACCAGGAUCUCUAGUGGCACAGUUAGCACUGCGAUGCAGUGCCUUAGACCACUGCGCCACUCAGGAGAUCUCACCUCAUGGAGUUGCAAUGAUCAUGAGAACGGUGAGGAAUCGGCCCAGAACUACACGGGAGGAUCUUCGCAAUGAUCUCAAGGCAGCUGGGACCAUAGUCCUCAAGAAAACAAUUGGUAACACACUACGCCGUGAAGGACUGAAAUCCUGCAGCGCCCGCAAGGUCCCCCUGCUGAAGAAAGCACAUAUACAGGCCCGUCUGAAGUUUGCCAAUGAACAUCUGAAUGAUUCAGAGGAGAACUGGGUGAAAGUGUUGUGGUCAGAUAAGACCAAAAUCGAGCUCUUUGGCCUCAACUCGCCGCGUUUGGAGGAGGAGGAAUGCAGCUUAUGACCCCAAGAACACCAUCCCCAACGUCAAACAUGGAGGUGGAAACAUUAUGCUUUGGGGGUGUUUUUCUGCUAAGGGGACAGGACAACUUCACCGCAUCAAAGGGACGAUGGACAGGCCAUGUACCAUCAAAUCUUGGGUGAGAACCUCCUUCCCUCAGCCAGGGCAUUGAAAAUGGGUCGUGGAUGGGUAUUCCAGCAUAACAAUGACCCAAAAUACACGGCCAAGGAAACAAAGGAGUGGCUCAAGAAGAAGCACAUUAAGGUCCUGGAGUGGCCUAGCCAGUCUCCAGACCUCAAUCCCAUAGAAAAUCUGUGGAGGGAGCUGAAGGUUCGAGUUGCCAAACGUCAGCCUCAAAACCUUAAUGACUUGGAGAAGAUCUGCAAAGAGGAGUGGGACAAAAUCCCUCCUGAGAUGUGUGCAAACCUGGUGGCCAACUACAAGAAAUGUCUGACCUCUGUGAUUGCCAACAAGGGUUUUGCCACCAAGUACUAAGUCAUGUUUUGCAGAGGGGUCAAAUACUUAUUUCCCUCAUUAAAAUGCAAAUCACCUGAACCAAAUCUUAUUUAACGAGGAAAAGUAUAAAAACCACUGCUGUGGUCAUCACUAUCCUCUUGCAAUAGGACCAGCUGGAUGGCAAAAACAGUGCUAAUAGUACAUCAAAAGUAAUAUUAAUCAAAAAAUAACUAUUGACCAUGCCAAAAGAGUUGAAAAGGAAAGUUUUGAGUGAGGAAAAGAAGGGUUCAAUUCUAGCUUUACUGUCAGAGGGAUACAGUGAGCGUCAGGUUGCUUCCAUCCUUAAAAUUUCAAAGACAGCGGUUCAUAAGAACAAGGUCAAGCAGCAGACAUUGGGGACAACAAAGCUACAGACCGGCAGAGGGCUAAAACGACUCUCUACUGACCGGGAUGACCGCCAACUCAUUCGAAUGUCACUCAACAACCGUAGGAUGACAUCAAGUGACCUACAAAAAGAAUGGCAAACGGCAGCUGGGGUGAAGUGCACAGCGAGGACGGUUCGAAACAGGCUCCUAGGGGCAGGGCUGAAGUCGUGCAAAGCUAGAAAAAAGCCCUUCAUCAAUGAGAAGCAAAGAAGAGCCAGGCUGAGGUUUGCAAAAGACCAUAAGGAUUGGACCGUAGAGGACUGGAGUAUGGUCAUCUUCUCUGAUGAGUCCAAUUUUCAGCUUUGCCCAACACCUGGUCGUCUAAUGGUUGGACGGAGACCUGGAGAGGCCUACAAGCCACAGUGUCUCGCACCCACUGUCAAAUUUGGUGGAGGAUUGGUGAUGAUCUGGGGGUCCUUCAGCAAGGCUGGAAUCGGGCAGAUUUGUCUUUGUGAAGGACGCAUGAAUCAAGCCACGUACAAGGUUGUCCUGGAAGAAAACUUGCUUCCUUUUGCUCUGACAUUGUUCCCCAACUCUGAGGAUUGGUUUUUCCAGCAGGACAAUGUGCCAUGCCACACAGCCAGGUCAAUCAAGGUGUGGAUGGAGGACCACCAGAUCAAGACCCUGUCAUGGCCAGCCCAAUCUCCAGACCUGAACCCCAUUGAAAACUUCUGGAAUGUGAUCAAGAGGAAGAAGGAUGGUCGCAAGCCAUCAAACAAAGCCGAGCUGCUUGAAUUUUUGCGCCAGGAGUGGCAUAAAGUCACCCAACAUCAAUGUGAAAGACUGGUGGAGAGCAUGUCAAGAUGCAAGAAAGCUGUGAUUGAAAAUCUGGGUUAUUCCACCAAAUAUUGAUUUCUGAACUCGUCCUAAGUUAAAACAUUAGUAUUGUGUUGUUUAAAAAUGAAAAUGAACUUAUUUUCUUUGCAUUAUUCGAGGUCUGACAACACUGCAUCUUUUUUGUUAUUUUGACCAGUUGUCAUUUUCUGCAAAUAAAUGCUCUAAAUUACAAUAUUUUUAUUUGGAAUUUGGGAGAAAUGUUGUCAGUAGUUUAUAGAAUAAAACAAAAAAUUUAUUUUUACCCAAACACAUACCUAUAAAUAGUAAAACCAGAGAAACUGAUAAUUUUGCAGUGGUCUCAUAAUUAUUUCCACAGCUGUAUAUACAUUUACAUUUACGUCAUUUAGCAGACGCUCUUAUCCAGAGCGACUUACAAAUUGGUGCAUUCACCCUAUAGCCAGUGGGAUAACCACUUUACAAAAUUUUUUUUUUUGGGACACACCUACUCAUUCAAGGGUUUUUCUUUAUUUUUACUAGGGGUGUAACGAUUCGUUUUAACAACGAUUCGAUUUGUAUCACGAUUCGUGGUUGUCGAUACGAUUCAAGGACGAUAUUGGUUCAUUUAGAACGAUAUGAUCCGAAACGAUUCAGUGACUUGAAAUCGAUUCAGUAACCUUUUAGCCAAAAAUUCAACCAGUGUGACUGAAAUAAAUACCUGGAUACUGGACAGUGCAGGUGAAGUUUCCUAGAUUCCUGUUUCUUGUAAGGACCGCAAUGGUGGCUUGAUAAUUUCUCGCUCGUCUGCUUCUCCUCUGUUGUCCGCCAUGCUUUGUUUUGUUGUCUUGGCGCCUUUGCGCUGCUGCUGGCGCGAUGACGUCACGGAUAGGCAGACUGAAUCGAGUAAUGUUUAAAGCCUUUAUCAUUAAAAGUGCUAAGAAAAAACAUCCAUAUAAAGUCUGACGUGCUUAAAUCCAAUGGGUUAUUUCCUAGUAUCGAUACAAUCGAUUUAUUACAUUUUAAAACGAUGUUAGAUCGAUAUAUGUUGUCCAAAAGGCCAACUCGCCGAGCACAGAUCGAUGCAGUUGGAUCAUAGGAAUAUAAAUCGAUACAUCGAUGUAGUAGAUGGAUCGUUACACCCCUAAUUUUUACUAUUUUCUACAUUGUAAAAAAAGUAGUGAAGACAUCAAAACUAUGAAAUAACACAUAUGGAAUCAUGUAGUAACCAAAAAAGUGUUAAACAAAUCAACAUUUAUUUCAGAUUUUAGAUUCUUCAAAGUAGCCACCCUUUGCCUUGAUGACAGUUUGCACCCUCUUGGCAUUCUCUCAACCAGCUUCACCUGGAAUGCUUUUCCAACAGUCUUGAAGGAGUUCCCACAUAUGCUGAGCACUUGUUGGCUGCUUUUCCUUCACUCUGCGGUCCAACUCAUCCCAAACCAUCUCAAUUGGGUUGAGGACGGGUGAUUGUGGAGGCCAGGUCAUCUGAUGCAGCACUCCAUCACUCUCCUUCUUGGUCGAAUAUCCCUUACAUAGCCUGGAGGUGUGUUGGGUCAUUGUCCUGUUGAAAAACAAAUUAUAGUCCCACUAAGCGCAAACCAGAUGGGAUGGCGUAUCGCUGUAGAAUGCUGUGGUAGCCAUGCUGGGUAAGUGUGCCUUGAAUUCUAAAUAAAUCACAGACCGUGUCACCAGCAAAGCACCCCCAUACCAUCACACCACAUCCUCCAUGCUUCACGGUGGGAACCACACAUGCGGAGAUCAUCCGUUCACCUACUCUGCGUCUCACAAAGACAUGCCGGUUGGAACCAAAAAUCUCAAAUUUGAACUCAUCAGACCAAAGGACAGAUUUCCACCAGUCUAAUGUUUCUUGGCCCAAGCAAGUCUCUUAUUAUUAUUGGUGUCCUUUUAGUAUUGGUUUCUUUGCAGCAAUUCGACCAUGAAGGCCUGAUUCACACAGUCUCCUCUGAACAGUUGAUGUUGAGAUGUGUCUGUUACUUGAACUCUGUGAAGCAUUUAUUUGGGCUGCAAUUUCUGAGGCUGGUAACUCUAAUUAACUCAUCCUCUGCAGCAGAGGUAACUCUGGGUCUUCCUUUCCUGUGGCGGUCCUCAUGAGAGCCAGUUUCAUCAAAGCGCUUGAUGGUUUUUGCGACUGCACUUGAAGAAACUUUAAAAGUUCUUAAUUUUCUGGAUUGACUGACCUUCAUGUCUUAAAAUAAUGAUGGACUGUAAUUUCUCUUUGGUUAUUUGAGCUGUUCUUGCCAUAAUAUGGACUUAGUCUUUUACCAAAUAGGGCUAUCUUCUGUAUACCACCCCUACCUUGUCACAACACAACUGAUUGGCUCAAACGCAUUAAGAAGGAAAUAAAUUCCACAAAUUCACUUUUAAGAAGGCAUACCUGUUAAUUGAAAUGCAUUCCAGGUGACUACCUCAUGAAGCUGGUUGAGAGAAUGCCAAGAGUGUGCAAAGCUAUCAUCAUGGCAAAGGGUGGCUACUUUGAAGAAUCUCAAAUAUAAAAUAUAUUUUGAUUUGUUUAACUUUUUUUUUUUUUUUUUUACUACAUGAUUCCAUAUGUUAUUUCAUAGUUUUGAUGGCUUCACUAUUAUUCUACAAUGUAGAAAAUAGUACAAAUAAAGAAAAACCGUGUAAUGAGUAGGUGUGUCCAAACUUUUGACUGGUACUGUAAAUACACAUGUAUUAUUAAAAUAUAUUUUCCUUUAUUAUUUUCCCCUAUGAUCAAGUUACUCUGUUAUCUAACGUUAUUCUAACGCUACUCUAGUGAAAGAAAAAGUUCAAAUUUUUCAUUCUUAAGUAUUUAGCUUGUUGUGUGCAGGUGUCCAACCUGUUUGCUCGUGACGAGCUGGACGAGAUCACUCAGAACCUCAUCGGUGUGAUGAAGAAAGAGUUGCCUCGCGUCCCGCCCACCUUCGACAACCUGUACGACUACUUUAUCUCCCGGGCCAGGAAGAACCUGCACGUGGUGCUCUGCUUCUCUCCUGUAUGAUUUAGUAAUACUGGAAACAUAAAAACACCACCUCCAAUAUUGUCACUCAACAAUUCCGGAGUUUGUUAUGUAGUUGUCCCAUUAAUAGUAUUUGCCAGAGUUGUUGCAUAGAUAGGUUUGCUGGCAUCAGCCGUUGUGGGUGGAGUGAAAUUACAUUCUUUCAUAUCUUUAUUGUGCAUAUUCGUUCGUAUUCAUUCAUCCAUCUAUUUAUUUCCCGACAGGUUGGUGAGAAGUUCCGCUCACGCUCCCUGAAGUUCCCAGGUCUGAUCUCAGGCUGUACUAUGGACUGGUUCACUCCCUGGCCCAGCGAGGCUCUAGUGGCUGUGUCCCAGUACUUCCUCUCUGACUUCCACAUGAUAUGCUCCCUCGAGGUCAAAGCCGCAGUGGUACAGACCAUGGGCAUAUACCACGAUAAAGUGUCCUUCACCUGCGAGAGCUACUUUGACAGGUAGUCGACUGAAGUUGGAAACUCUCAUGCAAAUCUAGUCUUCAAACCACAUUUACAUUUAUAAAUGACAAGAAUUUACAUGUCAGAUAGUACAGUUAUGUCAAACAAAUGGCGUCCAUUUCUAAUACCCAAAGCCUGUCUGAAUAACCUACGAGUGUGUUUUAAUUUGUCCACCCCAGGUUCCGAAGAAGAACUCAUGUGACCCCUAAAUCCUACCUGUCUUUCAUCAAUGGAUACAAGACGGUAUACAGUGAAAAUUACAACUUUAUCAACACACUGGCUAAGCGCAUGAAUGUUGGUAUGGAAAUCCAAUGGAGUGGCUACUAGCCAAGGCAUAAUAAUGAACUUCGUACAAACUGCUUAUUAUAUUGUAAAGAAAAUAAAUGUUGUGAUUUCUUGUCAGAUUGCGGUUUUGUGUAAAUGCUUUGUAUUGCAGGUCUGACCAAACUGUUGGAGGCUAGCGAGUCUGUGGCUCAGCUGUCCAAAGACCUGGUGGUUAAGGAGAAAGAGCUGGCUCUGGCCUCCAUCAAAGCAGACAAGGUAAAUGGGAAAUAAAAUAGAAACCAUAGAAAGAGAAUUUAAUUAUAUUUUUAUGUAGGAAUCACCCUUUCACAUCCAUUCACAGAAUACACUCAUGUAAAGUUUGACUGCUGAUCCGGGAUCUGUUGUCUUGUCUGUACAGGUGCUGGCAGAGGUGACAGUAAGCGCUGAAGCAGCCACCAUCGUAAAAGCUGAGGUCCAGAUUGUAAAGGACAGAGCCCUGAAGAUUGUGGAGGGCAUUGAGAAGGAGAAAGCCUUUGCCGAGGUCAAGCUGAAAGCGGCUAAACCGGCUUUAGCGGAGGCAGAGGCCGCUCUGAAUGUGAGUCUUACUGUACAUGAAAAUAUAAAUUUGAAAAAGACAGAAAUAGAUUUUGGGCAAUGUUCAGUAGGCAACAAAACGGAAGAUAAAGGACUGAAAUAGGGAGGGUACUACCGCAACUUUUCCUUUUGCGAAAUGUUUUCUAUUACAUGCCCUAAUGAUCUCAACCCUGUUAUAUAUUCUCCUCAGACCAUUAAAGCGGCUGACGUAGCCACGGUGAGGAAGCUGGCCAAACCUCCCCACCUCAUCAUGAGGAUCAUGGACUGCUGUGUGCUGCUCUUCCAGAAGAAGCUGGACACCAUCACCAUGGACCCAGAGAGGCCCUGCCACAAGCCCUCCUGGGGAGAGGCACUCAAGGUCAGAAAGCCUCCAUUCUAGUCUCUACCAGACUCAUAGAUCUUUACAUCUCUCUAUGUAUGACUCUGGUAAUAAUAGUAGAACAAAAUAGAAUAGAAGAGGCCUAGAUAUAUUGUCCUUGGAGAAGGAUAUUCUUCUUACCAAUAUUUUACACUAUACACACACACAUCAAACCAUCAGAUAAUCACCCAGAUGUUACAUUUACAUUCCCAGUCCCAUCUCUGUAUAUUGAAUUGAUUUGUUGUAGCUAAUGUAUUGGUUUGGUUUGUUGUAGCUAAUGUAUUGGUUUGGUUUGUUGUGCUAAUGUCUUGGUUUUGUUUAUUGUAGCUAAUGUCUUGGUUUGGUUUGUUGUAGCUAAUGUAUUGGUUUGGUUUGUUUUAGCCAAUGUCUUGGUUUGGUUUGUUGUAGCUAAUGUCUUGGUUUAGUUUGUAGCUAAUGUAUUGGUUUAGUUUGUAGCUAAUGUAUUGGUUUAGUUUGUAGCUAAUGUCUUGGUUUAGUUUGUUGUAGCUAAUGUCUUGGUUUAGUUUGUUGUAGCUAAUGUAUUGGUUUGUUGUAGCUAAUGUAUUGGUUUGGUUUGUUGUAGCUAAUGUCUUGGUUUGGGGGUUUGUUGUAGCUAAUGUAUUUGUUUGGGGGUUUGUUGUAGCUAAUGUAUUGGUUUGGGGGUUUGUUGUAGCUAAUGUAUUGGUUUGGGGGUUUGUUGUAGCUAAUGUAUUGGUUUGGGGGUUUGUUGUAGCUAAUGUAUUGGUUUGGGGGUUUGUUGUAGCUAAUGUAUUGGUUUGGGGGUUUGUUGUAGCUAAUUUAUUGGUUUGGGGGUUUGUUGUAGCUAAUGUUAUUGGUUUGGGGGUUUGUUUUAGCUAAUGUCUUGGUUUGGGCCAAAGUCCCCCCCCCCCCCCCCCCAUGUGCUUUAGCUAAUGAGCUGUGUCCUUUUUGUUACCUCAAUUGUUGACCUUCUGUUUUUUGUUGUUGUUGUCUUUUUAGCUAAUGAGCGGCAGUGGUUUCAUGGCAUCGCUGCAGCAGUUCCCCAAGGACAGCAUCAACGAGGAGAUGGUGGAGCUACUGCAGCCCUACUUCCAGAUGGAGGACUACACAUUCGAGUGUGCCAAGAAGGUGUGUGGCAACGUGGCAGGCCUGCUCUCCUGGACCUCCGCCAUGGCCACCUUUUUCGGCAUCAACAAGGAAGUGCUGCCACUCAAGGUACGGGGAACAGACGCUGAAUGAUUCUACCCUCCAUAAAGUAUGGGAACACUAUUUGUGUGUGUGUGUGUGUGUGAUCCGAUAUAUUGGAGUAUUGGGGCCAACUCGUUGGGGCCAAAUCCCCGAGCUGACAAGGUAAAAAUCUGUUGUUCUGCCCCUGAGCAAGGCGGUUAACCCACUGUUCCCUGGGCGCCGAUGGCGUGGAUGUCGAUUACGGCAGCCCCCCCGCACCUCUUUGAUUCAGAGUAGUUGGGUUAAAUGCGGAAGACACAUUUCAGUUGAAUGCAUUCAGUUGUACAACUGACUAGGUAACCCCAUUUCCCUUUAGAUAAGCAUUGUGAACAGUAUUGUUUCUCGACGUGUGUGGACAGGCUAACUUGAUUAUCCAAGAGGGCAGACUAACGAUAGCCAAUUCCGAGCUAGCCAGUGCUCAGUCUCAGCUGGAUGAGAAACAGGCUGAGUUGGACAAAGUACAGGCCAAGUUCGAUGCUGCCAUGAAAGAGAAACAGGUGAGGUCCAAUCCUUUAAAAAAUAAUGUUCUAUAUUCUUAAAUUAGGAAUAUUGCAAAAAUAAAUAGAAAUGUAUAGAUAGAAUAGCAGAAUAGAAUGUAGUUCAAACAGUUGAUUUUGUGAUGCUUUACAGGAUUUGCUGGACGAUGCAGAGAUGUGCAGGAAUAAAAUGGUGGCAGCGUCAGCACUCAUUGAUGGGCUUAGUGGAGAGAAAGUGCGCUGGACAGAGCAGAGCAAACAGUUUAAAUCACAGAUCAACAGGCAGGUUACAGAUAAGAGAAGGAUAGCAUAACGUUUCUUUACUUUCAGUAUUCUGACUGAAGUCAUUAUUACUAUGUACAAAGAUUUAAUGCAAUGUAAUACAAUAAACUACAGACAAUAUCAAUGCUCAGUUCUUUCCCUUAGAGGCUUUUCAAUGUGACCAUUGACCAUAUUUUGUCCUCUCUUUGGAUAGACUCGUAGGGGACGUCCUCCAGCUCACUGGCUUCCUGUCGUACUGUGGACCCUUCAACCAGAACUUCCGCAACAUGCUCCUAAAAGACAUCUGGGAAGCAGAGCUCCGGAAGAGGAAAAUCCCCUUCACGGAUAACCUCAAUAUUAUCUCUAUGCUGGUGGACCCACCUACUGUAAGAAAAGAUCAUGAACACAGUAGUGAAUUGAAUAGAAUUUUACUUUUGAGUUACAAACAAAACAGUCAUCGACAAAAUGUACAUUUAAAUCCCAUAGGAUAACAAAUGAAAAUAUGAAUGAAAACACUUAUUUCCAAAGUGGUUCUUAGUAUCCAUUCCACUGAACCAGAAGUUGUACGAAUUGUGUUUUGUUAUGUCCCAGAGCACCACAUUGAAACAUCCUUCCCUUUUCUGUGUGUCAGAUAAGCGAGUGGAACCUACAGGGACUGCCUGGAGACGACUUGUCAGUGCAGAACGGCAUCAUUGUGACCAAGGCCACGAGGUUCCCUCUCCUCAUCGACCCUCAGACCCAGGGCAAGGCGUGGAUUAAAAAGAAAGAAAAAGCCAAUGAUCUACAGGUAAGCCAUUCACUUCUCACAUUCACACUCUUAUAAACACACACACCAGUGUGAAAACUAAAUAUAUUGGUUCAGUGUAUUCCCAAGAAGUCAUGAAUGGCCAUGUUCAGUAGGUGGAAAGUGUUUUAAAACGGAAUGAUACGGGGAGGUACUACAUUAAUGUAUCCAAUAGGAACACAGCAUUUUGUUUUCCCCUACUGAACACGACCAUGAUAUCUCUUGCAGGUCACGUCCCUCAACCACAAGUACUUCCGUACCCACCUGGAGGACAGUCUGUCGAUGGGACGACCGCUGCUCAUCGAGGACGUCCGAGAGGAUCUGGACCCCGCCCUGGACAACGUGCUAGAGAAGAACUUCAUCAAGUCUGGCUCCACCUAUAAGGUACAUACAGUGGGGAGAACAAGUAUUUGAUACACUGCCGAUUUUGCAGGUUUUCCUACUUACAAAGCAUGUAGAGGUCUGUAAUUUUUAUUAUAGGUACACUUCAACUGUGAGAGACAGAAUCUAAAACAAAAAUCCAGAAAAUCACAUUUUAUGAUUUUUAAGUCAUUAAUUUGCAUUUUAUUGCAUGACAUAAGUAUUUGAUACAUCAGAAAAGCAGAACUUAGUAUUUGGUACAGAAACCUUUGUUUGCAAUUACAGAGAUCAUACGUUUCCUGUAGGUCUUGACCAGGUUUGCACACACUGCAGCAGGGAUUUUGGCCCACUCCUCCAUACAGACCUUCUCCAGAUCCUUCAGGUUUCGGGGCUGUCGCUGGGCAAUACAGACUUUCAGCUCCCUCCAAAGAUUUUCUAUUGGGUUCAGGUCUGGAGACUGGCUAGGCCACUCCAGGACCUUGAGAUGCUUCUUACAGAGCCACUCCUUAGUUGCCCUGGCUGUGUGUUUCGGGUCGUUGUCAUGCUGGAAGACCCAGCCACGACCCAUCUUCAAUGCUCUUACUGAGGGAAGGAGGUUGUUGGCCAAGAUCUCGCGAUACAUGGCCCCAUCCAUCCUCCCCUCAAUACGGUGCAGUCGUCCUGUCCCCUUUGCAGAAAAGCAUCCCCAAAGAAUGAUGUUUCCACCUCCAUGCUUCACGGUUGGGAUGGUGUUCUUGGGGUUGUACUCAUCCUUCUUCUUCCUCCAAACACGGCGUGUGGAGUUUAGACCAAAAAGCUCUAUUUUUGUCUCAUCAGACCAUAUGACCUUCUCCCAUUCCUCCUCUGGAUCAUCCAGAUGGUCAUUGGCAAACUUCAGACGGGCCUGGACAUGCGCUGGCUUGAGCAGGGGGACCUUGCGUGCGCUGCAGGAUUUGAAUCCAUGACGGCGUAGUGUGUUACUAAUGGUUUUCUUUGAGACUGUGGUCCCAGCUCUCUUCAGGUCAUUGACCAGGUCCUGCCGUGUAGUUCUGGGCUGAUCCCUCACCUUCCUCAUGAUCAUUGAUGCCCCACGAGGUGAGAUCUUGCAUGGAGCCCCAGACCGAGGGUGAUUGACCGUCAUCUUGAACUUCUUCCAUUUUCUAAUAAUUGCGCCAACAGUUGUUGCCUUCUCACCAAGCUGCUUCCCUAUUGUCCUGUAGCCCAUCCCAGCCUUGUGCAGGUCUACAAUUUUAUCCCUGAUGUCCUUACACAGCUCUCUGGUCUUGGCCAUUGUGGAGAGGUUGGAGUCUGUUUGAUUGAGUGUGUGGACAGGUGUCUUUUAUACAGGUAACGAGUUCAAACAGGUGCAGUUAAUACAGGUAAUGAGUGGAGAACAGGAGGGCUUCUUAAAGAAAAACUAACAGGUCUGUGAGAGCUGGAAUUCUUACUGGUGGGUAGGUGAUCAAAUACUUAUGUCAUGCAAUAAAAUGCAAAUUAAUUACUUAAAAAUCAUACAAUGUGAUUUUCUGGAUUUUUGUUGAAGUGUACCUAUGAUAAAAAUUACAGACCUCUACAUGCUUUGUAAGUAGGAAAACCUGCAAAAUCGGCAGUGUAUCAAAUACUUGUUCUCCCCACUGUACAUAACACAGCUCUCAGAUCAGUUUGACUUGAAAAGCAGUGUUGUGAAAUAGCCUGGUUAAACCAGACUGAACACUGUGUUCACCAUGAAACGUAGCGAAAUCUGUUUGGGUGCCAGGCUAAUUGGGAAAUGAGGCUCCCAUUCAAACCUGUGCUCAUUGGUUGUAGGUGAAAGUGGGAGACAAGGAGACCGACGUGAUGGAUGGCUUCCAGCUCUACAUCACCACCAAGCUGCCUAACCCGGCGUACACGCCCGAGGUCAGCGCCAAGACCUCCAUUAUAGACUUCACCGUCACCAUGAAGGGUCUGGAGAACCAGCUGCUGGGCCGAGUCAUCCUCACCGAGAAAUACGUAAGCCUUCAUAAAUCCUUUAUAAACCAUUCAUAACCCCUUUAUAAAACCUAUAUAAACAUUUUCUCUCAGGACUUCAGAGGCAUGAUUUGGGUGUUACAUGGAUGUUCUGAUGGUGCUGUAACAGGAGCUGGAGGCAGAGAGAGUCAAGCUGAUGGAGGAUGUGACGGCCAAUAAGAGGAAGAUGAAGGAGUUAGAGGACAACCUGCUGUACAAGCUCAGCUCCACCAAGGGUAUUGACUCCUAGGAUAAACAAAUAAUAUUAAGUGUUACAUCUGAUGUUUGGAUAAUGUCUCAAAUACUCAGACUGCUCAAUCUGCAUGUGUGUGUGUGUGGUAUGUGUCUGUCUGUCUAUCUGUGUUUGCGUGUGUUUCCGUCUGUGUGGGUGCAUGCGUGCGUCUUGUGUGUCAAGGUUCCCUGGUGGACGACGAAUCCAUGAUUGGCAUCCUGUCGGUGACCAAGCUGACAGCGGCCGAGGUGAGCGAGAAGCUGCACGUGGCGGCCGAGACGGAGGUGAAGAUCAACACGGCUUCAGAGGAGUACCGGCCGGCCGCCUCGCGUGGCAGCAUCCUCUACUUCCUCAUCACCGAGAUGAGCAUGGUCAACGUCAUGUACCAGACCUCCCUGGCACAGUUCCUCAAGAUCUUCGACCUCUCCAUGGCCAAGUCAGUACCAGGAUGGGAUUUUUCCUGAUUAAUCAGGAAUUCCUGCUUUUCAGAUAUUUAUCCUUCAUUCAAAUAUAAUGGACCUAUCCCAAAAUCCUGAUUUUCCUGAUCAAAUCCCUCAGUACACGGAACACAUAGCAAAUUCACCAACUUGUUUACCCUUUAAUACUUUUUUUUUAUCAAGUUUGUGUACACCCACAUUAUAUCAGUCCAUACCAGAGGUCUCCAACCUUUUCUAGCAAGAGAGCUACUUUUAAAAAAGGAAACAAGCUACUCUUUUUCUUCUAGCUUACAAUUAGGCACAUUAUUCUCUUCUCCUCUCCCCUGCAACUCUUCCCCAGGUCCUUAGUGUAUAAGAGAAAGUAGGGCACUAUGUUUUCUGCCAAUAUACCUGGUAAAAUAAAGGUUAAUAAACAACUUAAAGGGGGGGGGGGCUAUAAAAUCUGUGAUUUAUAUUAUAUAUUCCCAAAUUAUGUUUUCUCCGUUUUAUUUUUCCUGGUUUUUGGUUUUGUUUUUCACUCUCAAAAUUACAAUUGUUCAUGCAGAUUUGACACAAACCGGUGCGCCUGGCACAUACUACCAUACCCCGUUCAAAGGCACUUAAAUAUUUUGUCUUGCUCGUUCACCCUCUGAAUGGCACACAUACACAAUCCAUGUCUCUAUUGUCUCAAUAAUUAAAAAUCCUUCUUUAACUUGUCUCCUCCCCUUCAUCUACAUUGAUUUGAAGUGGAUUUAACAAGUGACAUCAAUAAGGGAUCAUAACUUUCACCUGGACUCACCUGAUCAGUCUAUGUCAUGUCUCCUGAGUGGCGCAGUGGUCUAAGGCACUGCAUCGCAGUGCUAAUCUGUGCCACUAGAGAUCCUGGUUCGAAUCCAGGCUCUGUCGCAGCCGGCCGCGACCGGGAGACUCAUGGGCGGCGCACAAUUGGCCCAGCGUCGUCCAGGGUAGGGGAGGGAAUGGCCGGCAGGGAUGUAGCUCAGUUGAUAGAGCAUGGCGUUUGCAACGCCAGGGUUGUGGGUUCGAUUCCCACGGGGGGCCAGUAUAAAAAAAAAAUGUAUUCACUAACUGUAAGUCGCUCUGGAUAAGAGCGUCUGCUAAAUGACUAAAAUGUAAAUGUAAUGGAAAGAGCAGGUGUUCUUAAUGUUUGUAUACUCUGUGUACUUCUGCCAGGUAAGCCUACUUUGCAGUUAACAUUUAAUUGAGAAGGUUUUGGGGAAAAUAUUUCUGUCAACCCAGAAGACUGUUAUCACAUCAACUGGCAACACGCGUAGUGAUAGACAUAUGCGCACACCACACAGACAGACAGACGGGCAAUAUUGCUCAAAUUAAUUGGCAGAUAUUGUGUUAGGUUUGGCUUCUUAAGCUAAUAGUGGUUAACCAGGGGUGGUGUAAUGCCAAUGUUGCGUUGAUUAGGUAGUAGCUGGGAGCUUGCGGUGUCUGUCUGAUACUUGUGCGAUUUCUUAAUGACCGUUUGUGGUGGAACACGUGAAAAUUGCUUGUACUUUCAGAAUUGUUUGCCGAGCUACUCAUAGGUGGGCUGCAAGCUACAAGUAACUUGCGAUUGACCUGUUAGAGACCCUUGGUCCAUACAAACAGAAAUAGAUGAGCCUGACAAAUGGCAUAAAUGGUCUAAAUCUAAAUACACAACAGCGUUUAUAAAUGUAUAAAAGAACAGACAUGGGACCUGUACCAUUUGAUCAAUAUUCAUUAUAGGUAUAGUUCUUUCUCAUCAACCUCUAGAUUUGAACCCUUUAUUGGUGUUUGUUUUCCUCACGCAGGUCAGACAAGUCUCCUCUCACUCAGAAGCGUAUUGCUAACAUCAUCGAGUACCUGUCCUUCGAGGUGUUCCGCUACACGGUCCGAGGGCUGUACGAAAACCACAAGUUCAUCUUCACCCUGCUGUUGGCGCUCAAGAUCGACCUGCAGAAGAACAACGUCAAGCAGAACGAGUUCCAGAUCCUCAUCAAAGGUAUCAGAUCCUCACUACUGAUCCUAGUUAACAUAUCUCUGUAUAGGUAGCAGUGUAGUAAUGAAGUAAUGGUUUUAUUAAUAGUACAUAUGUAAUGUUCUCUGUGUGUUACAGGGGGUGCUGCUUUAGACUUGAAGGCGUGUCCUUCCAAGCCGUUCCGUUGGAUCCUGGAUCUGACCUGGCUCAACUUGGUGGAACUCAGCAAACUGUCACAGUUCAUGGAGAUCAUGAACCAGGUGGGGUGUCAUCAUUAGCAAUGGUCACAGCUUUGUCUGAGGAGUACACUACAUUGCCUUUACUUCUCUAUUCAUCUUGUAGGUCUCUCGUAAUGAGAAGGGCUGGAAGGUGUGGUUUGACAUGGACAACCCUGAGGAUGGUGUGAUUCCUGAUGGAUACAACGACUCCUUGGAUGUCUUCCAUAAACUACUGCUCAUCAGGUGAGCUCCUGCUUCUCUGGGUGAUUGUCUCUUAUCCAGAUCUUAUACAUCAAGAUUGUAAAAAAAUUAAUAAAAAGAGCCUUUAAAAGCCUCUUGAGGUUGUGGCUAGCGCAUUCAGGUUCGAACCCAGGUUUGGUUGUACUCUCUCCUCACAGAUCAUGGUGCCCUGACCGCACCCUGUCCCAGGCCAGGAAGUACGUUGGAAACUCGAUGGGCAUGAGGUUCGCUGAGCCUGUCAUCCUGAACCUGGAGAGUACCUGGGAGGAGAGCGACACCCGCACCCCCCUCAUCUGCUUCCUCUCCAUGGGCUCUGAUCCCACCAACCAGAUCGACGCUCUGGCCAAGAAACUCCGGCUAGGUUAGCCCCAUGCCUAUCACCCUUUAGUUUAAGAGCAGUCUGAGACCCUGAAUUAAUCACUAACAUGAGUCACUGACAAGACUGUCAUUGUGAUAUUGUGUUUAUAUGUUGCAGAGUUCAGAGCGAUAUCAAUGGGCCAAGGUCAGGAGAUCCAUGCAAGGAGGCUCUUACAGAUGUCAAUGACACAGGUGAGAGCUUCUGAGGUUCAACUCUUUGUAAAUAAAUGUAGUGUACAGCAUAUACAAAUAUUUUCACCUACCUAACGUGUUUGCAUGUGUACACACAAACAGGGUGGCUGGGUCCUGCUCCAGAACUGCCAUCUGGGCCUGGAGUUCAUGGAUGAGCUGCUGGAGACGGUCACCACAGUGGAGACAAUGCACGACAGCUUCAGAGUGUGGAUCACCACCGAGCCCCACGACCGCUUCUCCAUCACCUUGUUACAGGUAAAGGCCCUGUAUACACCUACACAGACAACACCAGUAAUCUCCCCAGCAAUCUGACAUUAUCCUUCAUUCAUGUGAAACGGACCUAUCCCCUAGCCAAAAUCCAGAUUUGUUAUAUUGUCCUAGUCACAUCCCUUAUGUCUAAGAAUAAAUAUUUGCUGACCGGAUUGUUUUCUUUCUUCCAGUCCUCUAUCAAGUUCACCAAUGAUCCUCCCCAGGGGGUGCGGGCUGGCUUGAAGCGUACGUUUGCUGGAAUCUCUCAGGAUCAGCUGGAAAUCUGCAACCUGCCCAUGUGGAAACCCAUGCUUUACAACGUAGCCUUCCUACACACUGUGGUGCAGGUACAGACUCAGCACACUGUCUUGAUACAUUCAUGUUUCUAGAUAAAUACUGUAUUUAAUGUAAUUUACUGAUUUUUGCCUUGUUUUUGUUGUAGGAACGUCGUAAAUUCGGGCCUCUGGGUUGGAACAUCCCGUAUGAGUUCAACUCAGCUGACUUCACAGCCAGUGUGCAGUUUGUCCAGAACCACUUGGAUGAAUGCAGCCCCAAGAAGGUACUAUCAAAAUAGUAUAGGCCUAUCCGAAGCUACAGUGACUAUAAGUGUGCUCACAGACCUACACGUGACGAUUUCCCUGCGUUUUUCUCCAGGGUGUCUCAUGGGUCACGGUGCGUUACAUGUUAGGGGAGGUGCAGUACGGAGGAAGGGUCACUGAUGACUACGACAAGCGGCUGCUCAACUGUUUCUCUCGGGUAAUGUCAUUUUCCUUUUCAGUUAAUGCAACUGUCUUGAUCAAUAUGUUGUACAUGUGGGUAAUCAUGUGGGAAGCACAGACUUGUUCUAAGCAUUAUGCGUUCCCAACAGGUGUGGUUCAAUGACAAGAUCUUUGAGCCGACAUUCUGCUUCUACACAGGAUACAAAGUGCCUGUGUGUAAGACAGUGGAGCAGUAUAUGGAGUAUAUCGCGACCCUGCCUGCACUGGACACACCUCAGGUCUUUGGUCUGCAUCCCAACGCAGACAUCACGUAAGACACCGUAGAUCAUCACAACGCUCCACUCUUAUCAUGUCUAUGCUGUGUGUGAGUCUUAAUACUCAAUAUGAAUAUUAUAUAACUAUUCUUGUUCAGAUAUCAGACCAACACGUCUGCUGAGGUGCUGGACACCAUCACCAACAUCCAGCCCAAGGAAAGUGGAGGAGGAGCAGGGGAGACAAGAGAGUCCAUCGUCUACAGACUGGCAGAGGACAUGCUGGAGAAGCUGCCCCCCAACUACGUACCUCAUGAUGUCAGUGCUCACUCUGUUUAUGGAGGAUAUGAUGCCAAGUCAUGUUCAGUAGGAACACAAUGUAGCAAAAUGUUUUGCAACGAAUAAUACAAAUUGAUGUUCUCUUUGGACAAAUUCCGGUAAUACCUCAGUUUCAAAAUGUUUACCACCUACUGAACACAGCCCAUAUGGUUCUAAUGAUGGACUUAGCAUUAAGAUGCUUUUGGGAAACUGGGCCCUGGGCUGUACAGAGCGAAUACACUAUGCUCACACACCAAAUUCUAUUGUGAUGUGUACUGUAGGUGAAAGCCAGGCUGGUGAAGAUGGGUGCCUUGAACUCCAUGAACAUCUUCCUACGCCAAGAGGUGGACCGCAUGCAGAGGAUCAUAGGAGUGGUGCGCACCAGUCUGGUCGACCUCAAACUCGCCAUCGACGGUACCAUCAUCAUGAGCGAAGUAAUAGAGCUAGCUAGAAUGACCACUAUAAUGUACUACAACUAUAUUACAUGUUAACACUUUACAUUGUGUUAUACUUCAAAUUAUUAUUUAUAGGUUUAUAGCUUAUAAAUCUGUAAUAAACAGUAAUAACAAUGUCUGAAAUGUCUGUGUUAUUUUGGUGCUUGAAUAUUCAAUGUCAUAUUCAUGUUUUACCUCCUAGAACCUGCGUGAUGCCCUGGACAACAUGUUUGACGCGCGCAUCCCCAACAUGUGGAAGAAGAUCUCGUGGGAGUCGUCCACUCUUGGCUUCUGGUUCACUGAGCUGCUGGAGAGGAACACACAGUUCUACAGCUGGGUGUUUGAAGGCAGACCCAAGACAUUCUGGAUGACUGGCUUCUUCAACCCUCAGGGUGAGUCUCGUUCAAAACAUGAAUUAGGCCAACUGAUCAAACUUGCAGGGUAAUUUCAAUUUACUUGUAAUAUUCAAAAUACAGUUCAGCAUAAAUUAGUGUAAUCUAUUUUACAAGGACAUUUUUGUCAUGUCUUCAUCCUAUUACAUCAUUGAAGAUAUUAGAUAAAUGUGUUAAUGGAUUAUAAUGGCAUAUCUCUUUAUGUUUGCUCCAUCUGUAUGGCUGCAGGUUUCCUGACAGCCAUGAGGCAGGAGGUAACCAGGGCUCACAAGGGCUGGGCUCUGGACACAGUCACCCUGCAUAACGACGUGCUGAAGCAGAGCAAGGAGGAGAUCACUGCCUCUCCUGCUGUAAGUAGCCUCAUGCAAAAUAGUGUAAUUGACAACACAUGUACUACAUACAGCUUUCCCUUUUUACCUCUCAAUGCCAUCCAUCAUACUCUUAUCUCUGUCUCUCAGGAGGGGGUCUACGUCUACGGUUUGUACCUGGACGGGGCCGGCUGGGACAGAAGGAACUGCCGUCUCAUCGAAGCCACUCCCAAGGUGUUGUUCUGCCCCCUGCCCGUUAUUCACAUGUUCGCCAUCAACUCCACCGCCCCCAAGGACCCGAAGUUCUACAUCUGCCCAGUCUACAAGAAGCCUCGGCGCACAGACCUCACCUACAUCACAGGGGUUGUGAUACGCACGGUGCAGUCACCCGAUCACUGGAUCUUACGUGGUGUUGCCUUGCUCUGUGACAUCAAAUGA